GGCUGGCGUUGGCCGGACGAAGCCGCUCAAGAUGAACAUGGUGAAGAGGAUCAUGGGUAGGCCGCGGCAGGAGGAGUGUAGCCCGCAGGACAACGCACUGGGCCUCAUGCACCUCCGACGCCUCUUCUCCGAGCUCUGCCACCCGCCACGUCAAAUGACCCAGAAGGAGCAGGAGGAAAAACUCUACAUGAUGCUGCCUGUCUUCAACAGGGUGAGUAGUGGUUAUGGUGGGUGGGUGGGUGGGUGGGUGGGUGGGUGGGUGGGUGGGUUGGUUGGUGGGUGGGUUGGUGGGUUGGUUGGUGGGUGGGUGGGUGGGUGGGUGGGUGGGUGGGUGGGUGGGUUGGUUGGUUGGUGGGUUGGUUGGUUGGUUGGUUGGUGGGUGGGUGGGUUGGGUGGUUGGUUGGUUGGUUGGUUGGUUGGUUGGAGGACAAGCUCUACAUGAUGCUGCCUGUCUUCAACAGGGUGAGUAGUGGUUAUGGUGGGUGGGUGGGUGGGUGGGUGGGUGGGUGGGUGGGUGGGUGGGUUGGUUGGUUGGUGGGUGGGUGGGUGGGUUGGGUGGUUGGUUGGUUGGUUGGUUGGUUGGUUGGAGGACAAGCUCUACAUGAUGCUGCCUGUCUUCAACAGGGUGAGUAGUGGUUAUGGUGGGUGGGUGGGUUGGUGGGUUGGUUGGUUGGUGGGUGGGUGGGUUGGUGGGUUGGUUGGUUGGUUGGUGGGUUGGUUGGUGGGUUGGUUGGUUGGUUGGAGGACAAGCUCUACAUGAUGCUGCCUGUCUUCAACAGGAUUAGAGUCAAACUCAUCUAUCAGUGCUUGGUGGUUUGGCUUGCAUCUCGCUCAAAAGAUCUCUGUGAAGGUUAAAUUCAUGUGUUAAACUUGAUGAUGUAAAAAAUACUCAGAGAUCCACAUGAAGUAUAUUUCCUUUAUGCGGAUUUUAGAAUAUUUGCAUGAAAAUCUGUCGCCAAUUGGAUGGGACCCUAGCUUAUGACUGUGCUGUGUGGUUGUCCCACCUAGCUACCUUAAGAAGAAUGCACUAACUAUAAGUCUCUCUGGAUAAGAGCGUCUGCUAAAUGACUAGAAUGUAAAACAUUUAGGUGGGCCUUUGUGUGUGUGUGUGUGUCAUUGUGUAACUGUUCAUCUUUGACCUUUGCAGGUGUUUGGUAAUGCUCCGCCCAGCACCAUGACGGAGAAGUUCCAGGACCUCCUCCAGUUCACUACCCAGGUGUCCCGGCUCAUGGUCACUGAGAUCAGACGGAGGGCCUCCAACAAGUCCACAGGUAUGUUGGUUUAUUGAACCAGAUCGUCCCAUUGAGGUCAGUUGAUUUAUUGAACCAGAUCGUCCCAUUGAGGUCAGUUGAUUUAUUGAACCAGAUCGUCCCAUUGAGGUCAGUUGAUUUAUUGAACCAGAUCGUCCCAUUGAGGUCAGUUGAUUUAUUGAACCAGAUCGUCCCAUUGAGGUCAGUUGAUUUAUUGAACCAGAUCGUCCCAUUGAGGUCAGUUGAUUUAUUGAACCAGAUCGUCCCAUUGAGGUCAGUUGAUUUAUUGAACCAGAUCGUCCCAUUGAGGUCAGUUGAUUUAUUGAACCAGAUCGUCCCAUUGAGGUCAGAAGAACUCUUUCCCAAGGGAGGCUACACGUGUCUCACUGUUCCCCUAAAAGCUCUAUUUUGGCCUAUUUCUUGUGUCAGUCUUCAGUCAACUUUGCUGCAACGUUUUUGCCUGCUACAGUCCAUCGCCAGGGCUGUUGCUAAGCUGCCACCCCAUACUAAUUAAACAUACUGUGGGUGGUUAAACUCUACUCAAUUUAGAUCACGUCAGGUUUGUCUGAGCAAAGCAGCUCUUAAUCAAAGCUUCUGAUCUAAUGCUUCAGCUCUUCACAGCUUCUGAUCUAAUGCUUCAGCUCUUCACAGCUUCUGAUCUAAUGCUUCAGCUCUUCACAGCUUCUGAUCUAAUGCUUCAGCUCUUCACAGCUUCUGAUCUAAUGCUUCAGCUCUUCACAGCUUCUGAUCUAAUGCUUCAGCUCUUCACAGCUUCUGAUCUAAUGCUUCAGCUCUUCACAGCUUUCCUCCUGCUCACUCCACAUGGACUCCUGUCACAUUCUUGAGAGAAAAGGCACAAAAGAGAAGGCAAAUUGAUUGCUUUGAUUUGAUGCUGGAUUCAGGUCUCCUGGCAAGAGGUGGUGUCGGACAGGAACGUCUUCAACGCCUUUGUUGCUCCUCUUCAGCCGGGUAGAGGGUUUUUGGUUUUUAAUUGAGGUUUACACCGUUCUGGACCGAAUUAUCUCUGCUUAUGCAUUACGACACCAUCCGUAGUAACCUCGGGAAAGGACAGAUCACAACAGUUCAGUUGCGUUAAUUUCCAAUCCAAAACAUCCCUAUUAACAUUGACUAUAUGACAAAUCAUUAUGUUUCACCACUCAUUCUUAAUACCCAUUUGUAAUACUUGAUCCUGCUGCCUGAGAGAUUUUUCUUUGAGGGGCCUCUGUAUUCCAAAGGCUAUCUGUUUAAACGCCCCCUAGUUUCACAUUCUCCCUUCAAUUCUCCCAAAUUAUAUAACCCAAUUGUUUUAUUGUAACAUUCCUAUAUUUCCUCAUAAUCUUUUUGAUAUUACUCUGGCGUUUCCCCUUUUCCUUGUUCCUAUUCUAACAAUUGCUUACACUUCUCUCCCCAUCCUGGUUGAUCAUAAAAUUGUUUAUAGUUAGAAUUCCCUAAAUAUUACAAAAGUUGUGAUUGAAUCCUAGCACACAGUCCUGGUAACGGUGAAGAUUUUGAACUACUGUUAAUUCUUUAAACGGAGAUGUGGUGCAUAUUAUGCUAUUUUCUUUAUUUACUUGUAAUGUAAUAUAUUGUACUCAUCUAUACCAAUAAUUGUUUAACGGCUUCCUUCCAUUCCCUUUCUUCUGCAUUUGGUAUGGCUCUAACAUGUAAAAGGGUUUAAUGCACUUUCCCAAGGAAUAACUACUUCAACAACCUUAUACUUAACCACUUUUAUAAGUACUACAUCCAAUUGUUUAUCUAAGUCCUGGGCUGUUAUUCUUAUGUCUAUGAUCCCAUCUGUCUUUUUCUUUUAUUAUCUUAAGGUCACCGUUACCCCAUGUGAUUUCCCCAUAAUCCUUUGUGCUGGUUCCUCCCACAACAAUAACCAUGUAACCCUUGUAUUUUAAUAGUGAUCCCCUUCCUGUAUUUUAGUUAUGGUUCUUGCCUGUGCAGGAAUAUACAUUUUAAUCCUUUCUGCUUCCCUUCUCUGCCUUAUUGUUUUGCUCUUUACUAUUGUCAGUAUGCCAUUCCCCUUAUCCUCAGGGAAAUUAGUCAAGUCAAAGGGAUUUUGAUUAGGGUCAAAUGAUGUGAAUCCCCUGUAUGAAAACAGAAUGGGAAGCUGUUCAUUCGUGAUUCUCCUGUAUGAAAACAGAAUGGGAAGCUGUUCAUUCGUGAUUCCCCUGUAUGAAAACAGAAUGGGAAGCUGUUCAUUCGUGAAUCCCCUGUAUGAAAACAGAAUGGGAAGCUGUUCAUUCAUGAUUCAUCACUAUUUGAUGUUGGCCCCAGCCAAAGGCUUUUAAAACCUCCUGCUAGUGUUUCCUCUGCGUUCGUCAGUUCUCUCUGCAGGGGUAUGUGUGUUAUCAGUCUGUCGUUAUUCAAAACUUUGACGGAGGUUUGCCUUCCUUUGACUACCGACCAACGGCAUGGCAGCUCUAGAGAAGAUCUAAAACCGCUAGACACACACGCGCACACACACACACACACACACACACACACACACACACACACACACACACACACACACACACACACACACACACACAGACAGACAAAUGUAAGGAAUUUUCUCUCUCUCUCUAUGCCACCUGCUCUAAGCCUUCUGGAAUGACAUUACACAUUCUUUAUUUAGAAUGACUCAUUCUCUAUGACCAACGUGUGUGUUCUGUCCACAGAGGCAGCCAGUAGAGCCAUAGUCCAGUUCCUGUUGUAUUGUACUGUAAUGUAAUAUGUACAUUUAUAUACUGAUGAUGUGUGUGUGUGUUCUGUCCACAGAGGCAGCCAGUCGAGCCAUAGUCCAGUUCCUGGAGGUGAACCAGAGCGAGGAGGCGUCACGUGGCUGGAUGCUGCUGACCACCAUCAACCUGCUAGCAUCCUCCGGACAGGUGGGUAGUACUGGACAGCUGUGUGUGUGUGUGUGUGUGUGUGUGUGUGUGUGUGUGUGUGUGUGUGUGUGUUACUGAACUGAGCAUGUUUCUGUGUGGAUCGCCUAGGCUUGGGCGAUUAUACCGUAUACCAGGGUAUUUAGAAAUACCGACGGUAUGAUUUUCGAUACUGUUAAAAAUGAUUUUCUGUGUGUGUGUGUGUGUUUCUGUGUGGAUCGCCUAGGCUUGGGCGAUAUACCGUAUACCAGGGUAUUUAGAAAUACCGACGGUAUGAUUUUCGAUACUGUUAAAAAUGAUUUUCUGUGUGUGUGUGUUACUGAACUGAGCGUGUUUCUGUGUGGAUCGCCUAGGCUUGGGCGAUUAUACCGUAUACCAGGGUAUUUAGAAAUACCGACGGUAUGAUUUUCGAUACUGUUAAAAAUGAUUUUGUGUGUGUGUGUGUGUGUGUGUGUGUGUGUCUGUGUGUCUGUGUGUCUGUGUGUCUGUGUGUGUGUGGUUGCUACGCCACUCUGCUAUAACUAUUAAGUUAACUAUCGAAGAUGUACCAAAUAAAUCAUCUCCAGCUCAGGGCUCCAGCUAUGCAUUUGGUAUGCUAACUUGCUAGCUAAGUCGCUAGCUUGCAAAAUCAAGCUUCUUGGUUACAGCAGAGACCAUCAACCCCCUCCUGGAUCAAGAUCCCUGCUGCCUAAAUUGUUUUGUGCGUAAAAAAACCCCCCAAAAUAAUUAAGUUUGGAAAGAAAUAGCGCCUCUUUUUAGACAUUUUGGCAAAUUAAUUGAAAAUUAAAUACAGAAUGAUUUAAUUUAUUUUAGUAUUUUAGUAUUGCUGGUAAUACCGUAUAUAACCCUAGUAUCACCCAGUGUGCAAUGCGAAUGUGUAUUGCAAAUAAUAAUAAUAACACAUAUCAUUUGUAUAGCGCUUUUCAUCAUAGAGUUAAUACAUAAAAUCCAUUUUAAAAAAUCGGAAUACAUUUAGAAUCAAGGCAGGUAAAAUAGCAAUAAUGGGCUAGGUGCUAAAUCCAUUAGGACUAUAAGAAAGAGAGUCUGUAGAAGUGGGUUUUAAGGCCCAUUUUUAAAGUUCAAAGUGAUAGAAUUGCUCUCAGAUGAUUUCCAUAGGCGAGGGGCAAGGGAGCAGAAGGCCAUAGUUCGGAGACAUGUCUCGGGGACUUGAAGCAGUAGGGAGUGGCUUGAGCGGAGAGUGCGAGGUGUCUCGCUGGGUGAGAUGAGGUUGCUGAUGUAGGUGGGGUUCAAUCCAUUCAAGGCUUUAAAUACAAGCAGGUGGAUUUUUGAAGUCAAUCCUGUAGUUGACCGCUAGCCAGUGGAGUUUGGGCAGGAUUGGGGUGAUCUGACUUCUUGGUCCUGGUCUGGACCCUGUUGCUCCUAGACGUUUCCACUUCACAAUAACAGCACUUACAGUUGACCGGGGGCAGCUCUAGCAGGGCAGAAAUGUGACAAACUGACUUGUUGGAAAGGUGGCUUCCUAUAACGGUGUCACGUUGAAAGAUACUGAAAGAUAACGGGUGUGGCUGAAAUGGCCGAAUCCACUAAUUUGAAAGGGUGUCCACAUACUUUUGUAUAUGUAGUGUAUUUGUUUUGAUUUGAACAUCGAAGGACAGAGAAUGAUCAAAGUUGACUCCCAGGUUGGAGAUGACAGAUGGAUUUGCCUGUCCGUUGAUUAUAGGGCAGAUGUUUCCUGUACUGGUGACCUGCUUGGGUGUCCCAAUAAGCACAGCCUCGGUCUUGCUGCUGUUCAACUGGAGGAAGUUCUCUUUCAUCCAUACCCCGAUGUCCUCUGGGCAGCUGCUGAGUUUUGCAGAGACGGUGUCCGGUUUGGUCUUAAUGUGUAAACCUGGGUUAUCGUGAGUGUAGCAAUGGAAGUAGAUGUAAAUGAAAAACAGUGUAGGCCCCAGCACUGACCCCUGUGCACUGACCCCUGUGUGACUGCAGUGUCCUCCGAUCUGGACUCUCCAAUAGUGAGCAGAUUAUUUUUUAUUUUAUACAAAUAUUAUAUUAUUUUAUAUUUUAAUAUUUUUUUUAUUAAGGAUUAUCUUAUUGGAGAGGUAGGAGGAGAACCUGUUCCAGACACAGCACCCAGCUAGCACAUUGGGUUCCUUGGAAGUUGUGGGAACGUAUGUUUUUGGUUUCAUAUUGGUUGUGGGAAUGAAGCCAUAUGUUUCCUGACCGAUGAAACAAACAAAGAAAUUAGCCUGUUCUGGGAAUGGCUAUUUUGACGUAGCAGGGAGGUUCUGAGAAUGUUUUACUCUGGUUCCUUCAAAACAUUAUUGGGAGGUUUUAUAAACGCUCUGAGAGGGGAAAUAAUAUGUUAUUUCUAGUGAUGGGAAGUUUGGCUCUUUUAACCGAUUUGGAUCUUUUCGAGUUCAGUCAAAAAAACCUUUCAUUUGAGUUAGUAAUUCCCAGAGCAGGAACCCCUACCGGCGAACGAUGAACUGAAAACUCAAAAGACACAUGAUUCUACGAGCCUCUAAUUCACAUGUCAUUCACCAUAGGGGGCUUAUUGGAGCUGUCAUUUGUGACUGAGACUUGUAAACAUGCUUUAAACAAUGUACAUUUGUCGAUUGCUAGGCAUAUAAUUUAAGAUUAUUUCUUGAUACAUUUGAAACGAGGUGUAGUUGUGGCUGCAACCGGUCUAGAUUGUGAACGACUCUUGGCAUAAUGCCUGACGACUCUUCCAUUGCGGAGAAAAAACGAACGUCCGUGGCGUAGCGUUUGGCCGGAGGAAGUAGUCUGGGUCGCCAGUCAAGGUGGUAAGCACGGUCAUUCACAAACUGCAGACCUGAAACGAUUCGUUCUCGAGUUCCGAGUUUGUUGAGCAGAGGGCUGUGUAUGUUUUGGUUCUACAAAGCUGUGUCCAUCAUAACAUUCAAUAAUCAAUUAAUAGCGGUCAUUCUUGCACCAUGUGCUCAAUUAUUUGUUCUAAACGUGUAUUUUUCUGUAUAUGACAGACGGUUGGUCUCUGGAGCCGCUGAGCCGGAGGAGUAUGUAUUAAUCCUGCUGUAGGACUCAUUGCUGCCAGCCGGAGGAGUAUGUAUUAAUCCUGCUGUAGGACUCAUUGCUGCCAGCACUAACAAGUCAAACGAACGACUAAAAUGAACGAGUCACUCAGAAAAACACAUUUAUAACUCUCAAAUCAGUAAAAAAAGAGUCAAUCAAAAAUAACGAAUUGUUCGCGAACUGGCUAUGAUAUCUCCUCCACUUUGAGCCAGGAGAGAUUGACAUGCAUAUUUAUUAAUGUUUGCUCUCUGUGUACAUCCAAGGGCCAGCCGUGCUGCCCUGUUCUGAGCCAAUUGCAAUUUCCCUAAGUCCCUCUUUGUGGCACCUGACCACACGACUGAACAGUAGUCUAGGUGUGACAAAACUAGAGCCAGUAGGACCUGCCUUGUUGAUAGUGCUGUGAAGAAGGUAGAGCUGCGCUUUAUUAUGGACAGACUUCUCCCCAUUUUAGCUACUGUUGUAUCGAUAUGUUUUGACCAUGACAGUUUACAAUCCAGGGUUACUCCAAGCAGUUUAGUCACCUCAACUUGCUCAAUUUCCACAUUAUUUAUUACAAGAUUUAGUUGAGGUUGUGGGUUUAGUGAAUGAUUUGUCCCCAAAUACAAUGGUUUUAGUUUUUGAAAUAUUUAGGACUAACUUAUUCCUUGCCACCCAUUCUGAAACUAACUGCUGCUCUUUAAGUGUUGCAGUCAUUUCAGUCGCUGUGGUAGCUGACGUGUAUAGUGUUGAGUCAUCCGCAUACAUCGACACACUGGCUUUACUCAAGGCCAGUAGCAUGUCGUUAGUAAAGAUUUUAAAAAGUGAGGGGCCUAGACAGCUGCCCUGGGGAAUUCCUGGUUCUACCUGGAUUAUGUUGGAGAGGCUUCCAUUAAAGAACACCCUCUGUGUUCUGUUUGACAGGUAACUCUUUAUCCACAUCAUAGCAGGGGGUGUAAAGCCAUAACACAUAUGUUUUUCCAGCAGCAGACUAUGAUCGAUAAUGUCAAAAGCCGCAUUGAAGUCUAACAAAACAGCUCCCACAAUAUUUUUAUCAUCAAUUUCUCUCAGCCAAUCAUCAGUAAUUUGUGUAAGUGCUGUGCUUGUUGAAUGUCAUUCUGUAUAAGCGUGCUAAAUGUCUGUUGUCAGUUUGUUUACUGUAAAAUAGCAUUGUAUCUGGUCAAACACAAUUUUUUCCAAAAGUUUACUAACGGUUGGUAACAGGCUGAUUGGUCAGCUAUUUGAGCCAGUAAAGGGGGCUUUACUAUUCUUAGGUAGCGGAAUGACUUUUGCUUCCCUCCAGGCCUGAGGGCACACACUUUCUAGUAGGCUUAAAUUUAAGAUAUGGCAAAUAGGAGUGGCAAUAUUGUCCACUAUUAUACUCAGUAAUUUUCCAUCCAAGUUGUCAGACCCCGGUGGCUUGUCAUUGUUGAUAACAAUACCCUUUUCACCUCUUCCGCACUCCCUUUACAGAAUUCAAAAUGACAAUUCUUGUCUUUCAUAAUUUGGUCAGAUAUACUUGGAUGUGUAGUGUCGACGUUUGUUGCUGGCAAGUCAUGCCUAAAUUUGCUAAUCUUGCCAAUUAAAAAAUCAUUAAAGUAGUUGGCAAUAUCUGUCGGUUUUGUAAUGAAUGAGCCAUCUGAUUCAAUGAAUGAUGGAGCUGUUUGACUUUUUCCCCAAAAUGUCAUUGACGGUGCUCCAAAGCUUUUUACUAUCAAUUUUCAUGUCAUUUAUCUUUGUUUCAUAGUGUAGUUUCUUCUUUUUAUUCAGUUUAGUCACAUGAUUUCUCAAUUUGCAGUACGUUUGCCAAUCGGUUGUGCAGCCAGACUUUUGCCUCAUCCCUCUCAACCAUACCAUUUUUCAAUUCCUCAUCAAUCCACAGGGAUUACAUGUUUUACAGUCAUUUUCUUAAUAGGUGCAUGCUUAUUGGUAACUGGUUAAGCAAUUUCAUAAAUGUGUCAAGUGCAACGUCGGUUUGCUCCUCAUUACACACCACAGACCAGCAAAUAUUUCAACAACAUAGGAAUCACAACAAAACGUAUAUAUUAGGGCCAGCCUUUGGAACUGUGGUUUUCCUAGAUAUCACUACAUCCGAUGGAUCUGGAUACUGCUUUCAAGCACAGUUCUGCAGCAUUAGUAAAGAUGUGAUCAAUACAUGUUGAUUUCAUUCCUGUGCUGUUUGUAACUACCCUGGUAGGUUGACUGAUAACCUGAACCAGGUUGCAGGCACUGGUUAGUGUAUGAAGCUUUUUCUUGAGUGGGCAGCUUGAUGAAAGCCAGUCAAUAUUUAAAUCGCCCAGAAAAUUAUACCUCUCUGUUUAUCACAUACAUUAUCAAGCAUUUGACACGUUAUCAAGAUACUGACUCUUAACACUUGGUGGUCUAUAGCAUCUUCCCACCAGAAUGGGCUUUAGGUGAGGCAGAUGAACCUGUAGCCAUAUUACUUCAACAGUAUUUAACAUGAGAUCCUCUCUAAUCUUUACAGGAAUGUGGUUCUGAAUAUAAACAGCAACACCUCCACUACUGGCAUUUCUGUAUUUUCUGUAAAUGUUAUAACAUUGUAUUGCUACCACUGUAUCAUCAAAGGUAUUGUCUAAGUGAGUUUCAGAGAGUCAGAAUAUGAAUGUCAUCUGUUACUAUUAAGUUAUUAAUUUCAUGAACCUUGUUUCUUAAGCUACAUAUGUUAAUAUGGGCUAUUUUUUAGCACUUUUCUGGGAUGCUUGCUUGUUUUCAUUGCUUUACUGGGAAGCUUAGCAGAAGUAGAUAUUCUCAUAUUAUUUAUGUUAGUGGACUUCCUACUAGGGCACACCACCUCAGUGCCAACAUCAUAAAACUGGCUCAUAGGCACAUGAUUGCUGCGUACAAUAGCUGUAGGAUCAGCAGAGGCAUUCAGGGCAGUUAGAGGGAAAUAAAUUAGGUUACUUACAUUGUCUACCAAUGCCCCUGGUAUAAUGUAUAUUUGCUAAAGCAUUAUGAUGACUCAGCGACACAAUGUACAUUUGCUAAAGCAUUACGAUGACUCAGUGACACAAUGGUAGGGAUUAAUUGAGCUGUGCUUGGGUCAUUGAAAAGUCAUUGUCUCAACGCAGCCUUAUAAUGCUGUGAAAGGAUCCAGGAACCCAAAUGAUUUGGGUGGAUCCCAUCCUCCUUAUAAAACCUGUUUUGUUUCCAAAAGGUAUCGAAAUUGUCAACAAAAGUUACACCCAUUGAGCUGCAAUAAUCACGUAGCCAGUUGUGAAGAGAAAGAAUCCUGCUAAAGCGUUCAAUGUCACGAUUCAGAGAGGGCACAGGAAUGAUAUGAUGGGUCUUUUAUUAGUCUCUAGUAGAGAGUUGAUCAGCUCUUUAAAAUCCAGUUAACUGUUCAGAACUGCCCUUCAUAAUGUCAUUAAAACCCACAUGGACUGCGAUAGAAUCGAUGUCCAUGUCCUGGCGUAGUACAUUCGGAGAACAGCUUAGUAAUGUCAUUUACUCGAGCUCCGGUAUAGGACAUUGUUUUUGUAUCAGGAACAGUCACAUUUCUUACCAUGGAGCUGCCCAAAAUCACGGCUGGCGAGAAGGUUGCUUUAGCAGUAUGUUUAGGGUCAUUGUCCUGCUGGAAGGUGAACCUCUCUGGGCCUGCCGGGUAGGCGGAGUUCUACCUUCAGACACAUAAAAUGGUUCAAAAUGGGAAAACUUUGCCUUUCCGGCGCCAGGUCUGCUGAAUCAAGUGCACCUACCACCAACAGCGUGCAACAAAUACACAAAAUAGGAACACAAGGCUUUAUUGUUGGGUUUUUACAGAAAUGUUGGAGAUCGACUAGGAAAAGCCUUGGAGAUCGACUAGGAAAAGCCUUGGAGAUCGACUAGGAAAAGCCUUGGAGAUCGACUAGGAAAAGCCUUGGAGAUCGACUAGGAAAAGCCUUGGAGAUUGACCAGUCGAUCCCGAUCAACCAACCACUGUGUUUAAGUAAUGAAAUACCAACAAAAUACGUAGUUUUUUUUUUUUUUUUGUCAAGUUCCUCAAAUGUGCUGAGAAUGUUCCAAAGCCAAGCAACUAUCCUGCACCAUUCCCAGAAAGUUGUGGGAAGGUUGUGUCCCUGUGUCUUUUGUAGAUAGAUACUGUACAUAGAAUACACAUUAUAUAAUUAUAAAGUUGUUCAAUAUUACAAAUGCAGUGAUUUGUCAAGCAGCAUGUGGCCAUAGGGGAACCAUAGGGAAGGAUGUUACUUAAGAACUGCGUCCCGAAGAGCACCCUAUUCCCUAUAUAGUGCACUACUUUUGACCAGAGUCCAUAGGGAAUAGGGUGCCAUUUGGGACGCUGUCAUGCACUUGUUUUUAUCUCCCUCAACCCUCACAUACAUUCUUUAAACUUUAAUUUCAAUUGGUCUGAAAGUCUUCGGGGAGGUGGGAGGAGGCUUCUCUUGCUUCACUGAAGAUCAGAAAUGCACUCUUUUGUGGGUUUGUUUGGAGACGUGAAGCCUUAGUUUCCUUUUAGAGGUCCUUCUCCUCUCUGUUUGUCUCACUUUCUCUCUCUCCUCUCUCUCUUUCUAGCGGUCUCUUUCUUUCAAUUCAAUUCAAAGGGCGUUUUUGGCAUGGGAAACAUACGUUUACAUUGCCAAUGCAAGUGAAAUAGAUUUAUAAACAAAUAAAAAAUGAACAGUAAACAUUACACUCAUAAGAGUUUCAAAAGAAUAAAGACAUUUCAAAUGUCAUAUUAUGUCUAUAUACAGUGUUGUAACAAUGUGUAAAAUAGAACAAAAGGGAAUAUAAAUCAACAUAAAUAUGGGUUGUAUUCCCAAUGGUGUUUGUUCUUCACUGGUUGCCCUUUUUCUUGUGGCAACAGGUCACAAAUAUUGCUGCUGUGAUGGCACACUGUGGUAUUUCACCCAGUAGAUAUGGGAGUUUAUCAAAAUUUGGAUUUUGGGGGUGAAUUCCUUGUGGAUCUCUGUAAUAUGUGUCUCUAAUAUGGUCAUACAUUUGUCAGGAGGUUAGGAAGUGCAGCUCAGUUUCCACCUCAUUUUGUGGGCAGUGUGCACAUAGCCUGUCUUCUCUGGAGAGCCAGGUCUGCCUACAGCGGCCUCUCAAUAGCAAGGCUAUGCUCACUGAGUCUGUACCUAGUCAAAGCUUUCCUUCAUUUUGGGUCAGUCACAGUGGUCAGGUAUUCUGCCACUGUGUACUCUCUCUUUAGGGCCAAAUAGCAUGUAGUUUGCUCAGUUUUUUUGUUAAUUCUUUCCAAUGUGUCAAGUAAUUAUCUUUUUGUUUUCUCAUGAUUUGUUUGGGUCUAAUUGUGUUGUUGUCCUGGGGCUCUGUGGGGUCUGUUUGUAUUUGUGGUCCUGGCAACUGGACCUUUUUUGGAACACCAUUAUUUUUGUCUUACUGAGAUUUACUGGCAGGGAAAUUAAACUGUAGAACGUCACACAGCAGGGAAAUUAAACCUCUUUUCAAUUAUGGCCUUCACUCAACUUUAUUGACCCUUCUCCCCUGUACAAAAAAACGUGACUUGUCUUGACUAAAAUAUGUAGUUUGAUCCCUUUCAUAGAAUUAACCAACAUACAUACAAUAAGAGAAUAUCUACUCAUCUUUAUUCUCACUCAGUUGGUAGAUAUAAUGUAACUAUAAUGUAAUGUGAUUAUAUGGCAUCACGUGUGUGAAGACCAGGUCACUGCAGGACUGUAAAGUAAAAUGGGACAGAACAGUCUACUUCUACCGUUUCUGUGUCUUGCAUCUCUCUGCCCUGACUGGCUGGCUGGCUGGCUGGCUGACUGGCUGGCUGGCUGGCUGGCUGACUGUCUGGCUGGCUGGCUGACUGGCUGGCUGGCUGGCUGGGGUAAUGGAUGUGUGUUCCCUGCUACGUUGUCGCAGACAAGCAUGACAACACACAUUCGCAUGCGCGUGGGUGCGCGCGCACACACACACACACACACACACACACACACACAGCGGUCUCAGACAGUAAAACAAUGGGCCUCUUGGCACCCUCCCUUCCACCUGACGUCAUAGCAACAACAGUGCUCUCUCUCUCUCUUUCUCUCUCUCGGUUCAUCCUCCAACACAUUCUAAAUUCUGCCCCCUUGGCUCUCCUCCCUCCUUUCUUUCCAGUAGAAAAAAUCGGAAACGUCUACAGUACACACACACACCCAAAUAUACACGAACACACACAUUCUAUAUUUAAUCUCCCUCCAAUCUUCCCUCUCUCCAUCUGUCCCUCGCUCACUCUCCGUAGUCUGGUAACUGAUGAAUGAAAUGGCACCCUCUCUCUUUCUCUCUCUGUCUCCCCCCCUCUCUCUUUCUCUCUCUCUCUCUCUCUCUCUCUCUCUCUCUCUCUCUCUCUCUCUCUCUCUCUCUCUCUGCUCCCCCCUCUCUCAUUCAAGGGUUUUUCUUUAUUUUUACUAGUUUCUACAUUGUAGAAUAAUAGUGAAGACAUCAAAACUAUGAAAUGACACAUAUGGAAUCAUGUAGUAACCGUUCCUGUGGUGGGAGAGAGAGACAGUUUCAUCAUAGCGCUUGAUGGUUUUUGCGACUGCACUUGAAGAUACUUUCAAAGUUCUUGAAAUUUUCCGUAUUGACUGACCUUCAUAUCUUAAAGUAAUGAUGGACUGUCGUAUCUCUUUGCUUAUUUGAGCUGUUCUUGCCAUAAUAUGGACUUGGUCUUUUACCAAAUAGGGCUAUCUUCUGUAUAUCCCCCCCCCCCCACCUUGUCACAACAAAACUGAUUGUCUCAAACGCAUUAAGAAGGAAAGAAAUUCCACAAAUUAACUUUUAAGAAGGCACACCUGUUAAUUGAAAUGCAUUCCAGGUGACUACCUCAUGAAGCUGGUUGAGAGAAUGCCAAGAGUGUGCAAAGCUGUCAUCAAGGCAAAGGGUGGCUAAUUGAAGAAUCUCAAAUAUAAAAUACAUUUUGAUUUGUUUAACACUUUUUUUCGGUUACUACAUGAUUCCAUAUGUGUUAUUUCAUAGUUUUGAUGUCUUCACUAUUAUUCUACAAUGUAAAAAAUUGAAAAACCCUGGAAUGAAUAGGUGUUCUAACUUUUGACUGGUAGUAUAUAUAUAUAUAUGUAUGUGUAUAUAUAUAUAUGUAUGUAUGUAUGUAUGUAUGUAUGUAUGUAUGUAUGUAUGUAUGUAUAUAUAUGUAUGUAUGUUUUGCUAGUUAGCGUUAGCUAGUGCUAGUCGGCUAUACCUGCGCCAAAACUCUGGUAUUUUCAAUCCUAUAGCUUGUUCUCCAUCUUCUUUUUAAAUAGUGAGCCAACAUGUUUUCAGCACUUUUAUUUCCAUGACGGAUCAAAACUCAUUUUCUCAUGGCUCUCUCUUGUCUCUCUGCAGCAGACAUAUAGUGAGCAAUAUGUUUGGAACAUCAAAUCACUAUAAAAUCACAGUCUCAAAUCGUAAUACAUAUGGAAGCAUGAGAAUCGUAAUACAUAUGGAAGCAUGAGAAUCGCAAUACAUAUCGUAUCGGCACAUAAGUAUUGUGAUAUCGUACCGUGAGGUCCCUGGCAGCUGUACUGACUACAUACAUCCAGGAAAUCCAGACUAUUGAGAUAUUCAUUCAUUCAUUCACCAUUCAGACCAUCCCAUUCACCUUCCCUGACUGCAUACAGCUGUCUCACUGGGGUCUCCUCUCCAUACCUAUCGCCUCAUCGUCAUUACCUUUCAGACCAACCACCCUCUACCCUCUCCUCUCUCUCCUCUCCUCUCUCCCUUCUCUCUCUCCUUUCUCUCCUAUCUCUCCUCUCUUCUCUCUCCUCCCUUAUCUCUUCUCUCUCCUACCUCCUCUCCUCUCUGCUCCUCUCCUCCCUUCUCUCUCCUCUCCUCCCUUCUCUCUCCUCUCUUCUCUCUCUCCCUUCUCUCCUCCUCCCUUCUCUCCUCUCUCUCUCUCUCUUCCUUCUCUCUCUCUCUCUCUGUCCAUUCUCUCCUCUCCUCUCUCCUCUCUGCUGCUUCCUCGUCAGGAACACUCGUUUUCUUCUCUCCUCCUCUCCCGUCUGUUCUGCUGUGUGUUUGUGUUACUGCUCUUCUCAGUGAUUCAGUGGUGAGUCUUCCUCCAGGCAUGUCAGUAAUGAAGGGAGCUCAGCUCACACGUGGGAGUGUGUGGGAGUUAGCGUUUGAUUUGCGUGAAUCAUUUACAUGAAUAAGCUCGAGCCCCUCUGUUUCAGCGUUUUUCCAUCUGCGUCGAUAAACAGCCAUGAUUCUGACACACACACACACACACACACACACACACACACACACACACACACACACACACACACGUUUGGGAGGGCUACUCUCAUUACUGUUAAUGAGCUGUCCCCAGUACAGGUGACAGUGUUAUCGAAGUUCAAAGCCUGCCACGUGGGACCCACACGUGCACACACACGCACGCACACACACACACGCGCAUGGAAUGAACACACACGCACAAGCACACUUUUCACAGGUAAGAGUGAAUCACUGUCAGAGUAAAUCACUGGUUAUUGUGGGGGGGCUUUGUGUAACCUGUGUGAAGUCGUUUUUUUUAAUAAUGUGUGUCUCUCUCCUCCCUGUAGAAAACGGUGGACUGCAUGACCACCAUGUCUGUGCCCUCCACCCUGGUGAAGUGUCUGUAUCUGUUCUUUGACCUUCCUCACAUGGCCGAGGCCCCUGGGACUUCACAGACCCAGACCUCAGAGCUGCCCCUGGCUGACCGCCGGGCCCUUCUUCAGAAGGUCUUCGUACAGGUCUGUAAUCAACCCCUAGUCCAUGGUCACUACUCCCUAGCCCCUUCUCAUAGCCCCUCCUCCCUAGCCCUUCCAUCCUGGCUUCUAGCCCCCCUCGCUCUCCCUUUAGCCCCCCUUCUCUAGCUCAAUUCCCCCAUAUCCUGGUGAAGCUAUGUGGGGGUUAAGGGUUAUAGUAAAGAGUAAAAAAAAAAAAAAAUGUUACAACAAUUGUAUUACUGUGUUGUGACUAGAUCCUGGUGAAGCUGUGUAGCUUCGUCUCCCCUGCGGAGGAGCUGGCCCAGAAAGACGACCUUCAGCUACUCUUCUCUGCCAUCACAUCCUGGUGCCCCCCCCACAACCUGCCCUGGAGGAAGAGCUCCGGCCAGGUGCUCACCACCAUCUCACGACACGGCCUCAGCGUCAACGUCGUCAAGUACAUCCACGGUGAGAGUUUUGGGGGGGUUGGUUGUUCAUUGUAGAGUUGCAAAAUUCAUUAACCAUUUCCCGUAAUUCCCAGUUUCCAGAAAUCUUGUUGAGAGGAUUUCCAUUUGUAAAUAAGUUCCCUUCUUAUUCCCUCCUAAAUUUGUUAAGCCUCCAAACAGGAAUUCUGGAAAACCUGGGAAUUUUGGGAACGUUUUCUGAAUUUUUGCAACCCUAAAUGUUUGGCAUCUGUGUACCCAGAACAUGCAGAUGGAUGGACACAAUGGACAUGCAAAGUUGGUGUGUUCCGUGGUCGUGUGUUCCGUGUGUUCCGUGGUCGUGUGUUCCGUGUGUUCCGUGGUGGUGUGUUCCGUGGUCGUGUGUUCCGUGGUCGUGUGUUCCGUGGUCGUGUGUUCCGUGGUCGUGUGUUCCGUGGUCGUGUGUUCCGUGGUCGUGUGUUCCGUGGUCGUGUGUUCCGUGGUCGUGUGUUCCGUGGUUGUGUGUUCCGUGGUCGUGUGUUCCGUGGUCGUGUGUUCCGUGGUCGUGUGUUCCGUGGUCGUGUGUUCCGUGGUCGUGUGUUCCGUGGUCGUGUGUUCCGUGGUCGUGUGUUCCGUGGUCGUGUGUGUGUGUGCGCUGCCAAAUUAACUGCCCCCCCCUCACCCCCCCUCCCUCAGAGAAAGAGUGCCUGGCCACGUGUAUCCAGAACAUGCAGCAGUCAGAUGACCUCUCACCCCUGGAGAUCGUAGAGAUGUUUGCUGGUCUGUCCUGCUUCCUGAAGGACUCCAGCGACGUCUCUCAGACCCUGCUGGACGACUUCAGGAUGUGUCAGGGUUACACCUUCCUCUGCGACCUCAUGCUCAGGUAGACUAAGAUUAGAGUUGUAGGGGAGAGUGUGUGUGUGUGUGUGUGUGUAUUAACAACUCCAUCCCCCCCCAGGCUGGAGCAGGUCAAUGAGGACAGUAGUGUAGAGAUGUUCUGAACAGUGUGUUAUGGUAUUAACCCCUUCCUCUCCCCUACAACAUAGUGUGUUAUGGUAUUAACCCCUUCCUCUCCCCAUCAACAUAGUGUGUUAUGGUAUUAACCCCUUCCUCUCCCCUACAACAUAGUGUGUUAUGGUAUUAACCCCUUCCUCUCCCCUACAACAUAGUGUGUUAUGGUAUUAACCCCUUCCUCUCCCCUACAACAUAGUGUGUUAUGGUAUUAACCCCUUCCUCUCCCCUACAACAUAGUGUGUUAUGGUAUUAACCCCUUCCUCUCCCCUACAACAUAGUGUGUUAUGGUAUUAACCCCUUCCUCUCCCCUACAACAUAGUGUGUUAUGGUAUUAACCCCUUCCUCUCCCCUACAACACAGUGUGUUAUGGUAUUAACCCCUUCCUCUCCCCUACAACAUAGUGUGUUAUGGUAUUAACCCCUUCCUCUCCCCUACAACAUAGUGUGUUAUGGUAUUAACCCCUUCCCCCUCUCCCCUACAACAUAGUGUGUGUGUUACUUGUUUCACUACUCUUCCCCCCCCCACCAGACUGGAGCAGGCCAAAGAGGAGGACAGCAGUGAUGCUCUGAAGGACCUGGUCAACCUGGUGACGUGUCUGACCACCUAUGGCGUGACGGAGCUCAAACCGGCCGGUCUCACCACUGGAGCCCCCUUUUUCCUGCCCGGCUUCGUACUCCCACAGCCUUCUGGGAAAGGUACAGUCAUCCAAGCAUCAUCACGGCUCCAGGGUUUACUUAGCCUCUGCCACACCUCCUAGUUAACGUCUUAACCAAUAGAAACAGCGUUACUAGAACAGGGUUUCCCCAUUUUAGUCAAUGUACCUUAACGGGUGCAGCCAGAUUUGCCAUGGUAUGAAGAAUUUGCCGUUCUACUAAUUCAAUUUUUAUGAACUUGAGUCUCUGUGUGUGAAAACCAAACUGUCCAGAAUGUGGAAGUGUCAUAGGAGUGUGUUGAGCUCUGGGCCCUAACAGGGAAGUGGGGUGUUGAACUGGGAAGUCCAGUUGUCUGGGGGAAGCACUGACCCGCCAUCUGACUCAGCCUGCAGUUAAAUGGAAAUCAAAUCAAACUUUAUUGGUCGCGUACACAGUUUAGAAGGUGUUUAUCAGGGCGGCAGGUAGCCUAGUGGUUAGAGCGUUGGGCCAGUAACUGAAAGGUCGCUGGUUCGAAUAUCCGAGCCGACGAGGUGAAAAAUCUGUCUGUGCCAUUGAAGGAAGGCGCUUAACCAUAAUUUGCUCAAGGGGCGCCGUACUACAAUGACUGAUUAACAACCCAAAUAGCACUAAAGCAGUAAUCAAAUGCAAUCUAUACGUAGGUACACCGGGAGAAUGUACACAAGAUCAGCUAAGAAUGAUAUGUACAGCAGUAGGUCUAUUAGAGUAAGCUAUAGAGAUGUGGUUUUAAAUCUCAGCCUCGUGUAAAACCUCUUCUCAAAACAUUACCUGUCACCAUUUUGGAGUUACCAGCAAUUGACAUUACAAUGGCAAAUGACAGGAAGCUUUCACCAACAACCUUUUGGUUGUCCAUUUUUCAGGUCGUUUUUUCAUAGUGAGAGCCAGUCAGUCAGGGAACCUUGAUUUACAGCGCCUUCGGAAAGUAUUCAGACUCCUUUACUUUUUGCACAUUUAGUUACGUUACAGCCUUAUUCUAAAAUUGAUUACAUAUGUUUUUUCCCCCUCAUCAAUCUACACACAAUACCCCAUAAUGACGAAGCAAAAACUGUUUUUUUAGAAGUGUUUCCAAAUUUUAAUUUUAAUAAUUAAGAAUAAACGACUGAAAUAUCACAUUUACAUACAGUGGGGAAAAAAAGUAUUUAGUCAGCCAACAAUUUGCAAGUUCUCCCACUUAAAAAGAUGAGAGAGGCCUGUAAUUUUCAUCAUAGGUACACGUCAACUAUGACAGACAAAUUGAGAUUUUUUUUCUCCAGAAAAUCACAUUGUAGGAUUUUUUAUGAAUUUAUUUGCAAAUUAUGGUGGAAAAUAAGUAUUUGGUCACCUACAAACAAGCAAGAUUUCUGGCUCUCACCGACCUGUAACUUCUUCUUUAAGAGGCUCCUCUGUCCUCCACUCGUUACCUGUAUUAAUGGCACCUGUUUGAACUUGUUAUCAGUAUAAAAGACACCUGUCCACAACUUCAAACAGUCACACUCCAAACUCCACUAUGGCCAAGACCAAAGAGCUGUCAAAGGACACCAGAAACAAAAUUGUAGACCUGCACCAGGCUGGGAAGACUGAAUCUGCAAUAGGUAAGCAGCUUGGUUUGAAGAAAUCAACUGUGGGAGCAAUUAUUAGGAAAUGGAAGACAUACAAGACCACUGAUAAUCUCCCUCGAUCUGGGGCUCCACGCAAGAUCUCACCCCGUGGGGUCAAAAUGAUCACAAGAACGGUGAGCAAAAAUCCCAGAACCACACGGGGGGACCUAAUGAAUGACCUGCAGAGAGCUGGGACCAAAGUAUCAAAGCCUACCAUCAGUAACACACUACGCCGCCAGGGACUCAUAUCCUGCAGUGCCAGAUGUGUCCUCCUGCUUAAGCCAGUACAUGUCCAGGCCCGUCUGAAGUUUGCUAGAGUGCAUUUGGAUGAUCCAGAAGAGGAUUGGGAGAAUGUCAUAUGGUCAGAUGAAACCAAAAUAGAACUCGUCGUGCUUGGAGGACAAAGAAUGCUGAGUUGCAUCCAAAGAACACCAUACCUACUGUGAAGCAUGGGGGUGGAAACAUCAUGCUUUGGGGCUGUUUUUCUGCAAAGGGACCAGGACGACUGAUCCGUGUAAAGGAAAGAAUGAAUGGAGCCAUGUAUCGUGAGAUUUUGAGUGAAAACCUCCUUCCAUCAGCAAGGGCAUUGAAGAUGAAACGUGGCUGUGUCUUUCAGCAUGACAAUGAUCCCAAACACACCGCCCAGGCAACGAAGGAGUGGCUUCGUAAGAAGCAUUUCAAGGUCCUGGAGUGGCCUAGCCAGUCUCCAGAUCUCAACCCUAUAGAAAAUCUUUGGAGGGAGUUGACAGCCCCAAAACACCACUGCUCUAGAGGAGAUCUGCAUGGAGGAAUGGGCCAAAAUACCAGCAACAGUGUGUGAAAACCUUGUGAAGACUUACAGGAAACGUUUGACCUGUGUCAUUGCCAACAAAGGGUAUAUAACAAAGUAUUGAGAAACUUUUGUUAUUGACCAAAUACUUAUUUUCCACCAUAAUUUGCAAAUAAAUUCAUAAAAAAUCCUACAAUGUGAUUUUCUGGAUUUUUUUCCCUCAUUUUCUCUGUCAUAGUUGACGUGUACCUAUGAUGAAAAUUACAGGCCUCUCUCAUCUUUUUAAGUGGGAGAACUUGCACAAUUGGUGGCUGACUAAAUACUUUUUUCCCCCACUGUAAGUAUUCAGACCCUUUACUCAGUAUUUUGUUGAAGCACCUUUUGCAGCGAUUACAGCCUUGAGUCUUCUUGGGUAUGACGCUACAAGCUUGGCACACAUGUAUUUGGGGAGUUUCUCCCGUUCUUCUCUGCAGAUCCUCUCAAGCUCUGUCAGGUUGGAUGGGGAGCGUUGCUGCACAGCUAUUUUCAGGUCUCUCCAGAGAUGUUAGAUCGGGUUCAAGUCCGGGCUCUGGCUGGGCCACUAAAGGACAUUCAGAGACUUGGCCCGAAGCCACUCCUGCAUUGUCUUGGCUGUGUGCUUAGGGUCGUUGUCCUGUUGGAAGGUGAACCUUCGCCCCAGUCUGAGGUCCUGAGCGCUCUGGAGCAGGUUUUCAUCAAGGAUCUCUCUGUACUUUGCUCCAUUCAUCUUUCCCUCGAUCCUGACUAGUCUCCCAGUCCCUGCCGCUGAAAAACAUCCCCACAGCAUGAUGCUGCCACCAACAUGCUUCACUGUAGGGAUGGUGCCAGGUUUCCUCCAGAUGUGACGCUUGACAUUCAGGCCAAAGAGUUCAAUCUUGGUUUCAUCAGACCAGAGCAUCUUGUUUCUCAUGGUCUGAGAGUCCUUUAGGUGCCUUUUGGCAAACUCCAAGCGGGCUGUCAUGUGCCUUUUACUGAGGAGUGGCUUCCGUCUGGCCACUCUACCUUAAAGGCCUGAUUGGUGGAGUGCUGCAGAGAUGGUUGUCCUUCUGGAAGGUUCUCUGGAGCCCUGUCAGAGUGACCAUCGGGUUCUUGGUCACCUCCCUGGACAAGGCCCUUCUCCCCCGAUUGCUCAGUUUGGCCGGGCAGCCAGCUCUAGGAAGAGUCUUGGUGGUUCCAAACUUCUUCCAUUUAAGAAUGAUGGAGGCCACUGUGUUCUUGGGGACCUUCAAUGCUGCAGAAAUUUUUUGGUACCCUUCCCCAGAUCUGUGCCUCGACACAAUCCUGUCUUGGAGCUCUACGGACAAUUCCUUCGACCUCAUGGCUUGGUUUUUGCUCUGACAUGCACUGUCAACUGUGGGACCUUAUAUAGACAGGUAUGUGCCUUUCCAAAUCAUGUCCAAUCAAUUGAAUUUACCACAGGUGGACCACAAUGAAGUUGUAGAAACAUCUCAAGGAUGAUCAAUGGAAACAGGAUGCACCUGAGCUAAAUUGAGUCUCAUAGCAAAGGGCUCUGAAUAGUUAUGUAAAUAAAGUAUUUUUGUUUUUGUUCUUUUAUAAAUUUGUAAAAAAUUCUAAAAUCCUGUUUUGCUUUGUUGUUAUGGGGUAUUGUGUGUAGAUUUACGAGGAUUUGUGUUUAUUUAAUACAUUUUAGAAUAAGGCUGUAACGUAACAAAAUGUGGAAAAAGUGAUGUGGUCUGAAUACUUUCCAAAUGCACUGUAAAUCAGAUCUCACUGUAAAUCAGAUCUCACUGUAAAUCAGAUCUCACGAAUUGAUUUCAUACUACUGUAUUAUCUACACCUCAAAUUUUUUUUUAUCAAGAAAUUUGACAUAUGAGCUUGUCUGACCACCAUGCUUACUACUGCCAACGUCACAUUUCAGAAUCUCCUAGAAGAGCCACAAGAUGGCGUUUCAAUGUUUCAUUACUACAAAAUCCUACAUUCUGUUUGAAAUGGAUCUAAAGGUUUUAUAAAAAAUGGUGCAACUGCAUUUGCAUCUGGUUUGAAUAAAUCAGAAUAAAAAAAAUAUCAGAAUUGGAAAUGUUGUUAACUUUUUUAGAGCUUUCUCAACAAGCUAUUUUCAAUAUUAGGUAGCUAACAUUAGGCUAUAACUGGCAAUGCAAAUGCAUUUGUCUGAUUCAAAUAAUAUUACUACACAGAUCAUACACAUAACAUUAGCUAGCGAGCCAGCAAGCUAACGUUUGCUAGCUAACUAACAGUAUGCUUUAACUUGCAAUAAAAACGACUUUCUGACAAAUUUAGAAACUUAUAUCUGAAAAUGUAGCUAACUCUUCCCUGUAUACAUGGAUGAACGCUUCACGGCAGACUGGAACCAUUUAACUCUGUAGCUACAUCAGGUUUGUCUAGCGUUGUCAAGUCACUCUGGUUCACACUGACCGUGGCGUGUGCAGAAAGUAUCCCAUCACUUUUCCCAACUGAUCUGUCGAUAGCGCCUGCUAAAUUCAGGUCAUCAAUGUCGUUGAGAAAAGUUGCAUAACUUUUAUUUUUUGUAGUUCUCGAUGGCUAACUUGUGGUAGAGAGGACUGUCAACACAUACUUGAACAGCUCACAUUAUAGACAGAAGCAGGCUACACGGCAGACCAAUCCAAUCUCAUCUCCGGGAUGUCCAGCCCAUCCAUUAUCUCAGCCAAUCACGGCUAACGGGAAAGGUUCCUGUCUUUUUAACGUGGCUAAACCAACUAUGCUCGUAAUUUUAAAAUUGUAUACGUAUUUAUGGUUGGAAUACAAGUUAUUUAUUAAGGCUCAUGAAAGUUCACAUGUUCCCGAAGGCAUUUCUGCCAAAGAAAUGUUUACGUUCAAAUGCCGCUCCUGUGAAGUAGUGAUGUGAGACAUAUGCCUAGUUUACUUAAACGAGUCACUUAUUUCCUCCUUCAGAUAAAACCGUUGCCAGAAACUUUAACAGAAUGCUCAAAUCUAUUUAAUCUGACCUCAGUAGAUGGAAUAAUAUCCCAGGUGCUUUAACCGACAGAAUAUCUAUUGUCAUAAUGAAUAUAUUGCCACGGCUGAAUUUGUGUAGUUCAAUGCUUCCCAUGGCUCCCCCUUCUGGUUAUUAAGAUAAAAUGAAUAGUGCAGUUUCAACAUUUUAUAUGGCAAGGUAAACGAUCCCUAAUGAAAUUUAUAAAUUUACAAAGAGGGAAAGACGUUGGAGGACUUUCCGUACCAAACUUUAAAUUGUAUUUCCAGGCUCUAUAAUUUCACCCUAUCCUGCUGUACAUUGGUUUAGACAUGAUUCUUCUGCCCCCUAGCUGAGUAGAGAGAUAAAUAUGGUGUCUCCUAUUGACCUGGAAGAGGUGGUCUUCACUGAUAUAUCCCUUAAACAAUAUAAUAUGGUGUCUCCUGUUGUCCUGGAAGAGGUGGUCUCCACUGAUAUAUCCCUUAAACAAUGUAAUAUGGUGUCUCCUGUUGCCCUGGAAGAGGUGGUCUCCACUGAUAUAUCCCUUAAACAAUGUAAUAUGGUGUCUCCUGGAAGAGGUGGUCUCCACUGAUAUAUCCCUUAAACAAUGUAAUAUGGUGUCUCCUGGAAGAGGUGGUCUUCACUGAUAUAUCCCUUAAACAAUGUAAUAUGGUGUCUCCUGUUGCUCUGGAAGAGGUGGUCUCCACUGAUAUGUCCCUUAAACAAUAUAAUAUGGUGUCUCCUAUUGCCCUGGAAGAGGUGGUCUCCACUGAUAUAUCCCUUAAACAAUGUAAUAUGGUGUCUCCUGUUGCUCUGGAAGAGGUGGUCUCUACUGAUAUGUCCCUUAAACAAUAUAAUAUGGUGUCUCCUAUUGCCCUGGAAGAGGUGGUCUCCACUGAUAUAUCCCUUAAACAAUGUAAUAUGGUGUCUCCUGUUGCCCUGGAAGAGGUGAUCUCCACUGUAAUAUGGUGUCUCCUAUUGACCUGGAAGAGGUGGUCUCCACUGAUAUAUCCCUUAAACAAUGUAAUAUGGUGUCUCCUAUUGCCCUGGAAGAGGUGGUCUCCACUGAUAUAUCCCUUAAACAAUGUAAUAUGGUGUCUCCUGUUGCCCUGGAAGAGGUGGUCUCCACUGAUAUAUCCCUUAAACAAUGUAAUAUGGUGUCUCCUAUUGACCUGGAAGAGGUGGUCUCCACUGAUAUAUCCCUUAAACAAUGUAAUAUGGUGUCUCCUAUUGCCCUGGAAGAGGUGGUCUCCACUGAUAUAUCCCUUAAACAAUGUAAUAUGGUGUCUCCUAUUGCCCUGGAAGAGGUGGUCUCCACUGAUAUAUCCCUUAAACAAUGUAAUAUGGUGUCUCCUGGAAGAGGUGGUCUCCACUGAUAUAUCCCUUAAACAAUGUAAUAUGGUGUCUCCUAUAGCCCUGGAAGAGGUGGUCUCCACUGAUAUAUCCCUUAAACAAUGUAAUAUGGUGUCUCCUAUAGCCCUGGAAGAGGUGGUCUCCACUGAUAUAUCCCUUAAACAAUGUAAUAUGGUGUCUCCUAUUGCCCUGGAAGAGGUGGUCUCCAGUGAUAUAUCCCUUAAACAAUGUAAACUAUGCUUUGGUCCUAUUAUUGCUCACACAAUCUCUAUUUGGUGCUAAAUUUAAAAACAAUGUAACUGGGAAUCAAAAUGUCAUGCCCAUACUCCAAUUUCUCACAGUAAUGCCUUGCUAUCUGGAGGAUGGCCUUUUGCAACCCCCAAUGGUCCAAAUAUGAUUUGUGUCACUGGCCUACACACAAUACCCCAUAAUGUCAAAGUGGAAUGAUGUUUUUAGAAUCUUUUUCAAAUUAAUUAAAAAUGAAAAGCUGAAAUGUCUUCAGUCAAUAAGUAUUCAACCCCUUUGUUAUGGCAAGCCUAAAAAAUGUGCUUAACAAGUCACAUAAUAAGUUGCAUAGACUCACUCUGUGUGGAAUGUUUUUGAAUGACUACCUCAUCUCUGUACCCCACACAUCUGUAAGGUCCCUCAGUCGAGCAGUGAAUUUCAAACACAGAUUCAACCUCAAAGACCAGGGAGGUUUUCCAAUGCCUCACAAAGAAGGGCACCUGUUGGUAGAUGGGUAAAAAUAUAAAAAGCAGAAAUGGUAUAUCCCUUUGAGCAUGGUGAAGUUAUUCAUUACACUUUGGAUGUUAUAUCAAUACACCCAGUCACUACAAAGAUACAGGCGCCCUUCCUAACUCAGUUGCCAGAGAGGAAAGAAACCGCUCAGGGAUUUCACCAUGAGGCCAAUGGUGACUUUCAAGCGGUUACAGAGUUGAAUGGCUGUGAUAGGAGAAAGCAACUGAGGAUGGAUCAACAUCAUUGUAGUUACUCCACAAUACAAACUUAAAUGACAGAGUGAAAAGAAGGAAGCCUGUACAGAAUAAAAAAUAUUCCAAAACAUGCAUCCUGUUUGCAAUAACGCACUAAAGUAAAACUACCAAACAUUUGGCUAAGAAAUUAACUUUUUGUCUUGAAUACAAAGCGUUAUGUUUGGGGAAAAUCCAACACAUCACUGAGUACCACUUCAUAUUUUCAAGCGUGGUGGUGGCUGCAUCAUGUUAUGGGUAUGCUUGUCAUCGGCAAGGACAAGGGAGUUUUUUUAGGAUAAUAGAAACGUUAUAGAGCUAAUCACAGGCAAAAUCCUAGAGGGAAACCUGGUUCAGUCUGCUUUCCAACAUACACUGGGGAAACAAAUGUACCUUUCAGCAGGACAAUAACCUAAAAUACAAGGCCAAAUAUACACUGAAGUCGCUUACCAAGACUGAAUGUUCCUGAGUGGCCUAGUUACAGUUUUGACUUAAAUCGGCUUGACAAUCUAUGGCAAGAUUUGAAAAUGGCUGUCUAGCAAUGAUUAACAACCAACUUGAUAUAGCUUGAAGAAUUUUAAAAAGAAUAAUGUGAAAAUAUUGUACAAUCCAGGUGUGCAAAGCUCUCCGAGUCUUGACUAGAAAGACCCACAACUGGAAUCACUGCCAAAGGUGAUUCUAACAUGUAUUGACUCAGGGGUGUGAACACUUGUGUAAAUUUAGAUAUUUCUGUAUUUUCAUAAAAUUUGCUAAAAUGUCUAAAAACAUAAUUUCACUUUGUCAUUAUGGGGUAUUGUGUGUAGAUGAAAAAAAAAGGUAAAUAAUUUUGAUUUCAGGCUGUAACAGAACUACAUGUGGAAUAGGUCAAGGGGAAUACUUACUGAAGGCACUGUAUAAAUAAAUUAUCUGGGCUCCCGAAAGGACAGAUCUCUAUAAUAUAUAAACAACUUUUGUAAAGCUCAUAUUCUGAGCUAGCCAUUAAAAAAAAAAGAUGGUUCACAGAUCUAAUUGAAUCUGAACCACGCUUUAACACCAACAAAAAAAAUUUAUGGUGAAAUUGGCCCUAACUCCCAAAUGUUCACUGAGUCCCCUAAAUCAGGUAGGCACAUUCCUUCAUAUGUGGGAGUGCCCUGCAGUUAAAUAAUUCUGGGGCAAAGUUACACUAUUAUUUUGUAAGUGCAUGAGUCAAGGUAGUCUGUGUGUGCAUUAGUUUGAUUGGUUUUGUACCUGUAACAACCCCUCUGAAAGGGAAAGAUGGUCACAAUUUUUUUUUACUAUUUAUAAAGAGCUAGCUCACAGUCUAUAAAAUACUUAUAAAUACUUAACAAUCCUUUUGCAAUACCUUCGUGUAAAGUGUUUGUCUUGACCUGCCUGGUACAGCCAGAGCUUUUCCUACCCAAUGUGCCUCUGCUCUGUUUGCUCUUUGGGAUCUAAGGUCACUGGAAAAGCCACUACUGCUGAAAUACAUUUCGUUGAUUGAUUGUUGGUUUGUGUCUCCAGGCCACACAGUGAGAAACCUCCAGUCGUUCUCUGUCCUGCAGAAUGCCUUAACAAAUACUUUAUAAACCCUUUAUAAAGUAUCUUUAAUGGGUUGUCUCUCCAGGCCACACGGUGAGGAACCUCCAAUCGUUCUCUGUUCUGCAGAACGCCUUCCUGAGGGCUAAGACCUCUCUGCUGACCACCACGCUGCUGGACGCCAUCGGCAACAUCUACGCCGCCGACCCCGCCAACUACUUCAUCCUGGAGGCUCAACACACACUCUCACAGUUCGCUGACAAGGUGUGUGUGUGUGUGUGUGUGUGGUUUUUGUGUGUGUGAAUGUAUACUGCCAUUUUAUCUACAUUUCUGUCAAAUGUAUUUUAAAAGUUUCUGGUUAGUAACUUUAGAUGUUAUUUACCAUCCAGGGUUGAAUCCUCUGGAUUCACAUACACACGUCACCACUGUAUUGCAGCUAUAUGUUAUUCUAAAUAACGCUCGAUCCCCAUUCAAUCAUCUCUCUUUUCCAGGUGGCCAAGCUGCCUGAUGCCCAGACUAAGUACUUCGAGCUGUUGGAGUUUGUAGUGUUCAGUCUCAACUAUGUUCCCUGUAAGGAGCUGUUCAGUGUCAGCGUCCUGCUGAAGGGCUCUACGUCCUACACCUGCAGUAUCAUAGCCACCAGGUGGGGAAGAGUGUGUGUGUGUGUGUGUCUGUCUGUGUGUGCGUCUGUGUGUGCGUCUGUGUGUGCGUCUGUGUGUGCGUCUGUGUGUGCGUCUGUGUGUGUGUGUGUGUGUGUGUGUCUGUGUGUGUGUGCGUCUGUCUGUCUGUGUGUGUGUGCGUCUGUCUGUCUGUGUGUGUGUGUGCGUCUGUCUGUCUGUGUGUGUGUGUGCGUCUGUCUGUCUGUGUGUGUGUGUGUGCGUCUGUGUGCGCGUCUGGGCGCGUGCGUGAGCAUGGGCAUGCGUGUGUGUGUGAGAGCUUCAGAACCAAUUAAUUGAUGGUUGCUAGGGCCGAUUAAUUGAUGAAUCAAAGUAAUAAAUCUAGUAAGAGUAGAUACCUACUUAUCUAUCAUCUUAUCUAUUAGGGUGUGGAAAGCCACAUAUAUUUGGAAUCAAAACUCGUAUCUCUGUCCAUCAAUACAAAAUAUAUUUACAAAAAAAAUCUAUGUUCCAUUUCCUGAUUUUGAAAUCGAUACGGAUGCCCUUCGAAAUUUAAAUUGACUAUUUAAAUAUUUGAUUAAUCUAACUCCUCCCUCCCCCAGGACUCUGCUGAAGUUGAGUCGUCAUGACGCGGUGUUCAGUGAUGUGUUGAGGGAGGUGGGGCUGCUGGAGGUGCUGGUUAACCUCCUGCAUAAAUACGCUGCCCUGCUCAAAGACCCUGCCACACAACAGCAACAGACUCAGCCGCAGAACAGCGAACAAGGUUAGUACUAGAUAGACUAUAACCUUAACAUAGAUACGCUGUCCUGCUCAAAGACCCUGCUACACAACAACAACAACAGUCUCAGCCAAUACUGGGUCGUAUUCAUUAGGGCACACCGUUGCAUAACAUUUCAAAACGUCCAAUCAGAAACACACAUUUUCCGUUGUACAACAAGUCCAGAUUUUCUGACCGUUUCUUCCUUUUCAUGCCCAGUGAAUAGGACCCUGACUAACCCCACCGUGAGAAAGCCUAGCUGGGGGUGAAUUAAUGAUUUUGGGGGUUUUAAAAAAAAAAAUUCGUAAGGAACAAAAAAAAAAAAAAAAAAAAAAAAAUUUUUUUUUUUUUUUUUUUUUUUUUAUUUUUUUUUUAACCCUUUUAAAAAAUUUUAUAUAUUUUAUAAAAUUUUAUAUUUUCAUAUUUUAUUUCCAUAUUUAUUUAUUAUUUUAAAAAAAUAUAUUUUAAAAAAAUUUUAAAAUUUUAUAUAUUAAUAUAAAUUUUUAUAUUUUAUAUAUAUAUAUUUUUUAUCUUCCCAUAUAUAUAAUAUUUUUUUUGUCAUAUAUAUUUUUUUAUGUUUAAAUAAAAAAGGGGUUUUUCUUAAAUAAAAUUAAAAAAGCUUUAAUAAAUUAUUUAUAUUUAAAAAUUUUAUUUUAUUAAUUUUUUUAUUUAAAUUUAUUUUUAAAAAUAAUUUAUUUGUUUAAACCCCUUUUUAUUAAAGUCUCUCGCUUUAAGGUUUUAUAUUUUAAAAUUUUUAUUAUUUUUUCUAAUUAUUUUUUAAAAUUUUCUAUCUCUUUUUUCUUUUAAUUUUAUUUAUAAAAUUAAUCUCUUUUUAUCCCUUCUUUCCUUUAAAACUCUUUCUCUCUUCCCUAUCUUUGUUCUUUUUAUCUUAUCUUCCUUCUCCCUCUUCCUUUUUCCGGGAAAACUUUCCUUUACAUUUUCUUCCCCCCUUUUUCUUCUCUUUUCCCCCUUCCCUCUCUCUUUCUUUAAAUUUUUCCCCCCCUCCUUUGUCUCUCUAUUUCUUUCCCCUUUUCUCUCUUUCCCUCUUCUUUCCCGUCUCACCCUCUUCUUCCGGGCUCUCUCUUUUUUAGGGGCUGUAAGAACAGCGUGGAGCGGAGGAAAAAAGAAGCAGUUAGCCUGGCCCGGUCAUGGAGACUCGGGCUGUCUGCUGGGAAGGGUCCAACAUAAAGCAGGUACACACACCCCACACACCCCCCACGGGACCCCACGCAAGACACACGCCCCGCGCGCAACGCCGCAACGCCGAAAACGCCCCCACGAAAAAAAUUGGCCCAACAAGGCCGUGUGAAAGGGAAAAAAAACCUCUGUAUUUUUUGCUCUUUUGGGGGUUAACUAGAAUGAUUUUCCCCUUUUUUAAAACCAGGGGAAUCCUCCCCCUUUUUCCAAAAGUCCCUUCAGAAAAGCAAUUCCCCUAAUGUGGUGAGGGCACAAAAACCCCAAACUCGGGUUUCUUGGGGGUUUUUCUGGGGUUUUUCCCGGGUUUCUUUAGGUUUUUUGGGUUUUUGGGAAUGGCCCCAACAUCUGUCUCUUGCCUUUCCCCAAACUGACCCCACACCCCAAUGACAGCGCGUUAAAACAACACACACACACCCACACACACACACACACAAACACCCAAACAAAACAAAGACGGAUGACAAAUGAUCAAAAAGACUUCUAUUUUAACCCCAAACUUGACUCUGGGCAAAUUUUCCCAAAAAGGGAAGGGUUCUGUCAUGGGCCCUUAGACUGACAUAAAAUUCCAAAUAUUUUCCCCCUUCUCUACCCUUCCCCUUUUUAACCCCUCAUGGGUUUCUAAAUUUUCUCGGGAGAAAAGAGAGGAAAGGGGUUUCAAUUUGCCAGGGGGUAAAACCCCAAAAACUAAUGGUUUCAUUUGCUGUCCUCAAAGUCAGGCACUGGACGGAAGAACAAAACACUUCCCCCCUUUUAUAUUUUUAGCGGCUGGCUUUGGUGUAUGGAUUUCCCAAUCUCAAAAGAUCCGGCCAUCCCUUGUUGGGCCAUCUCCCCCUCUCCGCUUCUGUCUGUUCUGGGCUUAAAGUUGCUCUUUUUCUGUCUUGUCGGGCUCUGUUUUUGUCUGUCUGUCUGUCUGUUGUUUCUGUCCGUUUGUUUGGGGCCCGUCUUCUUUUCUCUCUGUCUCUUUUGGUUUUGAGGUUAAACAGAGGUGGAGGCCAGACUCAAUUGAUGAGUCAGUGUUCCUAGCAGAAACAGGGGAGUGAUAGGGUUUUAAAAGAGAGAGAUGGUUUUUUUGAAAAAAAAUGAAAUGGGGGGUUGGUUUAUAGGUGAAAUAAAGACAGAAAUGAUUUAUUAGGAUCCCUUUUUUAUUGUUGGGCUUUUUAAAGUCCCCCUCCCCUGCCCCUUUCCUUUCCCCUUUCCCCCGGCCCCCCCCUCCUUUUCCUCCUUUUCCCCCCCCCUCCUCUCCCCCAUCCCCCCCCUCCCCCUCCCCCUGCCCCCCCCCAACCCCCCCCCCCCCCCUUUCCCCCCUCUUUCCCCCCCUCCCCCUCCCUUUUCCCCCCCCUCAAAAGGGCUGUUUAGAGAGUUUGGAGGGGCGCGGUGCGUCCACAAAAAAAAAUGAAGUAUGGUUUAGUGCAGGGAGUGCUUGAUGUUCAUUCAGCAAAUGGUUUCUGUCCUCCCGGGGAGGGAGGGAAAGGGGGGGAAAGCGCGGGGGGCCGAGGGAUCGCCCCCCAAGGGAAAAACAGCUCAAAAAAAAAGGGCAACGAGGGGAGGGCACACCCCCCAAGCACACACGACACACGCAGCACGCACGCGCACACACACACACAACCCCACACACCAAAAACACACACACACCACACACCAACCACACACCCCGACACACCGGGCACAAACAGAAACCCCACACACCCCACCCCAAAAAACCCACACACACCACCCCACACACACAACAACACAAAACACACACAAACACCACACACAAAACCACACACACACACAACAACAACACACACCGACACACACAAACACAAAAAAACACACCAACACCACACACACACAACACCCACACAACACACCCACACAAAACAAACAACCCCCAAACACAAAAAAUUUUUAAGGGCCCCACACACACCCAAAACACACACACACCCACACACACACACACACAAAAAACACACACACACCACAACACCCACACCACACACACAAAAGACAUCCCACACACCCCACAGAAACACACACACAAACACCACCACACAACACAAAACAACAGGGCCCCAAACACAAAGGGAAAAACACCCACAAAACACCACCGACAACACACACCCCACCCACACCAACACACACACCGGACACAACACACCCCACAACACACAAAACACACCACACACACACCAAAACACACACCAAACCGACCACACGACACACCACCAAAACCCCACACACACACACCACACCCAAAACACACCACCAACACCCCACACAAACACACACACCGACACCACAAAAACACCACCCCCACAAACACAAAAAAACACCCCACACACCACACAAAAAACACACACCACACCAACCACAAACACACACCACACCCAAAAACCCACACCCCCACACCCAAAACCCACACACACACAAAAACACCCCACACACACACCACACACCCACACACCCACACACACACACAAACACACCCCACAAAACAACACACAAAAACACCCCACACACACCACACACACCACAACCACACAUCACCCCCACACAACCCCCCACACACCAAGCACCCUACAAACACAACCACCCCCACACACACACACACCAAAACCACCCCACACACACACACACCACACACCCCACCAAAACCCAAACCCUUCAAAAACCCCCCUCAAAACCACCCCACACACCCCCAGGGGUUUUUAAUUUCCUCCUACCUUUAAAGGGGGGCCCCUCCUUUGGGCCCGUGCUGGGAAGGGGCCAACCGAACCGGGGUUUCUUUCCCCAAGGUUUUUGGGGGCUUUGGUAGAACCCCCCAAAUACUUUUUUCGGACCCAAUCCGUGAAAAAAAGGCACGGGUGGAAAAGGGAAUAAAAACAAUGCUUUGAACUUUCACAGUUUCAGGUUUUUUAAGGGAAAAAAGGGGUUUAAAAAAACUUUUUCCCCGGUCUUAAAAAAGUCCAAAUAGAAAAAAUGGCAGGCCGGAGGGUUACGAGUAAAAAAUUUUUCAAACACGGUGAACAUUCAGGUUUCCCCGUUUUUUAAAUGGAAAAAAAAAGUUAAAAAAUAACGCCAAAAAUUUUUUCCCAAAAAGUUUUAAAAAAUCCCAAGUUUUUUCCCGGGGUAAUAAUGUCAGGGGUUUUUCUUCAAACUUUAAAGGGAUGAUAAAAGGGGCCCCUUCUCACAAAAACCCCAAAAAAUUUUUAAACCAAAAAAAGGAAAUUUGGGCCCUUUUUUUAGGGGGCUGAAAUUAAAAUCCCCCGGGAAAAUUUCCCCGAGCGCGCCCCAAAAAAGUUAAAAUUUCUCCAAAGGUUUCGAAAACCUUUUUUAAAAUUUGGCAUUUUUUUUCCAAGGUUCCACCAAACCGAAGGGGUGGAAACCCGGAACCUGAAAUUAAAAAUGGUUCUUACCGGGGACCUUGGGGGGGGGCAAAAAGGCCCCCAUGGUAGGUUUUUUCCCACAACCCCAAUGAAAUUUUUUUGUUUUGGGGCCUUUUUUCAAUUUGGACCCGGGAAAUUUUUUUCCUUAAUUAAUUUUGGAAGGGAGGGAAAUUUCCCCCGAUUAAAAAUUUCCUUUUUAAUGAAAUUGGGGGGGGGGCCCCUUGGUUGGGUGCGUUUUAUGAAAUUUUUUUUUGAGUUUUUUAAAAUUAAAAUAAAAAAUUUUGAAUUUUUCACGGGUGGGAACGGGCCAAUCAGAACCAGGUGUUUGAGCUCCUGCACACCGUCUUCUGCACGCUGACCGCUGCCAUGCGGUACGAACCCGCCAACUCGCACUUCUUCAGGACAGAGAUCCAGUACGAAAAACUGGCAGACGCCGUCAGGUACAGUAUAGUACAGGACAUGCUUGAUGAAUCUUUCAUUCAGGUUUCAGGUUUGUUUAAGUGGACUAUAGUUAAAAAUAACGUCAUAUACCCAAUUGAUCUUUAAAAAAGUCACAAGUAUUUCAGGGAAGUAGAUAGUCAGUUUUGUCUUCACAUGAGACUGCUGCUACUGAUGUAAAAAGGUCUUUCUACACUGAACAAAAAUAUAAACGCAACAUGUAAAGUGUUGGUCCCCAUGUUUCAUGAGCUGAAAUAAAAGCUCCCAGAAAUUUCCCAGACGCACAAAAAGCUUAUUUCUCUAAAAUGUUAUGUACACAUUUGUUUACAUCCCUGUGAGCAUUUCUCCUUUGCCAAGAUAAUCCAUCCACCUGACAGGUGUGGCAUAUCAUGAAGCUGAUUAAACAGCAUGAUCAUUACACAGGUGCACCUUGUGCUGGGGACAAUAAAAGGCCACUAUAAAAUGUAUAGUUUUGUCACACAACACAAUGCCACAUAUGUCUCUUGUUUUGAGGGAGCGUGCAAUUGGCAUGCUGACUGCAGGAAUGUCAACCAGAGCCGCUGCCAGAGAAUUGAAUGUUAACUUCUCUACCAUAAGCCUCCUCGAACGUCGUUUUAGAGAAUUUGGCAGUACGUCCAACCGGCUUCACAACCGCAGACCACGUGUAACCACGCCAUCCCAGGAUCUUCACAUCCGGCUUCUUCACCUGCAGGAUCGUCUGAGGGGGGUGGGCCAAACCAGGCCUCGCCCAUGGCUGCGGCCCUGCCCAGUCAUGUGAAAUCCAUAGAAUAGGGCCUAAUUAUUUCAAUUGACAGAUUUCCUUAUAUGAGCAGUAACUCAGUAAAAUCUUUGAAAUUGUUGCAUGUUGCGUUUUAUAUUUUUGUUGAGUAUAAAUAAAUAUGAUGAAUUAAUUGAUUGAUUGAUUUAUUAAUUGAUUGACCCAUGCCCCACCACCUUCAGGCUGCUGGGUUGUUUCUCUGAGGCCAAGAAGGUUGGAGCCACGGGGGUGUUCCCUUCCAACGCCCAGCCCUUCCUGAGGCUGCUGGAGGACGACGGGGUUGUAGCCGGCGGCGGGGCCGGGGACAGCGUCUGCCCCACCCUCAAACACUGCAGCAAGCUCUUCAUCUACCUUUAUAAGAUGGCCACCGACUCCUUCGACAGGUACGUCAGUUACUGUCAGUUUCUCACUAAAACAGACCCAUAGGCCCCCCUCAUUUGAUAGGUCAGUGAUUCUUUCAAUAGGUCAGUUAUUGAAACAGACUCCCUCAAUUGGUCUGUGAUUUGGUAAAACCGGUAAAAAUCAGUCUAGGAAGAUGGUUCUCUCAACCCCAAAUCAAUGGUUGUUGGAGUCAUUUCUACAUCCCGUGACAAUCAAAGCUCCGACGAACAAGUCACCCAAUCUGCAGUAGCCUAUGCUGCAAAGCCCCAGCUCAACACGUUUAGAUAUUCAGUUCCUCUCAAUCGAUCUCUUCUGAGACACAAAACAGUGAUUUCACUUGGGACUCUCAAACCUCAAUGCAAACCUUCACCAUGCAUAUGUUGUAGCAUUAGCUUCCUGGUAGUGUGCUAUCUAGGAUAUGCGUAGAGCUCUUGUAAUUCAGCUUUAACUAAACAGCUUCCCCUAUGUUAUGAGCUUCGAUUAUGAAGAGAGAGAGAGAGAGGAAAAGAGAGGAGGGGGAGAAGAGAUAGGAGAGAGAGGAGAGUAGAAAGAAAGCUCGAGGAGAAGGAUAAGGAUUAAAAGACGCUUAGAGAUAUUGGGGCGAGAGAGAGAAUAGAGAGGGAGAGGAUAGAAGAAGAUGAUUAUAAAUCGGUAUCUCUCUGGCCAUAUUCUUCUGGGCCAGAAGUUCUAGUAGAAACUAUACGAUACUCUCCUUUAUCUCUUCUAUUAAACUUCUUCUCUUCUUCUCUUCCUCUCCUCUCCCUCCUCUGUCUCUCUUUUCUCUUCCUCUCCUCUCUCUCUUUUCUCUCUCUUUCUCUUUUAUUUUUCUCCUCUAAACUUUGGCCAAUGCCUGGCCUGUGUUUGGGCUAUUUUGCUUUACUUUUUGCCCCAUGUUUUUGUGUUGUGUUUUGAAUGUGUGUGUGUGUGUGUGUUGGGUUGGGUUUUCAGGUCGUGCGGGGGCAGGUCCCCCCCCCUGCCGACUCACGAGACCCCCCCUGCCGUCCCCCUGGGGCACGCCAGCACUCGCCAGGAAGAGGUAGCUACUGCGCUCUGCACUCCUCCUCCUCUUCACGCUCUUUCGCUCCUCCUCCCCUAUGUCAGCUAUUGCUGCUAUGUCAUGUUGCUCUCUACUCUCUCUUUCUCCCAUGUCAGCUAUUGCUGCUAUGUCAUGUUGCUCUCUACUCCCUCUUUCCCCUAUGUCAGCUAUUGCUGCUAUGUCAUGUUGCUCUCUCUUUCCCCUUAUGUCAGCUAUUGCUGCUAUGUCAUGUUGCUCUCUACUCUCUCUUUCCCUAUGUCAGCUAUUGCUGCUAUGUCAGGUUGCUCUCUCUUUCCCAUUGUCAGCUAUGUGUGUAUGUCAUGUUGUCUCUACUAUCUCUUUCUCCCAUGUCAGCUAUUUCUGCUUAUGCAUGUUGCUCUUAAUCUCUUCUUUCUCCAUGUCAGCUUAUUGCUUUAUGUCAUGUUGCUCUCUACUCUCUCUUUCUCCCAUGUCAGCUAUUGCUGCUAUGUCAUGUUGCUCUCUACUCUCUCUUUCUCCCAUGUCAGCUAUUGCUGCUAUGUCAUGUUGCUCUCUACUCUCUCUUUCUCCUAUGUCAGCUAUUGCUGCUAUGUCAUGUUGCUCUCUCUUUCACCUAUGUCAGCUAUUGCUGCUAUGUCAUGUUGCUCUCUACUCUCUCUUUCCCCUAUGUCAGCUAUUGCUGCUAUGUCAUGUUGCUCUCUACUCUCUCUUUAUCCUAUGUCAACUAUUGCUGCUAUGUCAUGUUGCUCUCUACUCUCUCUUUCCCUAUGUCAGUAUUUCUGUAUGGGCAUGUUCUUCUAUUUUCUCUUUCUCCUAUGUCAGCAUAUGUGCUUUUGUAUGUUGCUCUUAUCUUCUUCCCUAUUAGCUAUUGUUGCUAUGUCAUGUUGCUCUCUCUUUCCCCUAUGUCAGCUAUUGCUGCUAUGUCAUGUUGCUCUCUACUCCCUCUUUCCCCUAUGUCAGCUAUUGCUGCUAUUGGGCAAAGUUGCUCUCUCUUUCCCUUUUGUCAGUAUUGCUGCUAUGUCAGGGUUUCUCUCUAUCUCUCUUUUCUCCCAGGAUUGAGUAUUGCUUUCUAUGUCAUGUUGCUCUUUUACUCUCUCUUCUCCUAUGUCAGCUAUUGUGCUAUGUCAUUGUUUUUCUUUUCUUUCCCUAUGUCAGCUAUUGCUGCUAGUAUGUUGCUCUUACUUCUCUUUCCCUAUGUAGCUAUUGCUGCUAUUGUCAUGUUGCCCCUCCACUCUCUUUUUCCUAUGUCAGCUAUGCUGCAUUUUCAUGUUGCUCUCUACUUCUCUUUCUCCAUGUCAACUAGUGUGCAUGUAUGUUGCUCUCUACUCCUCUUUCCCUAUGUCAGCUAUUGUGCGCUAUGUCAUGUUGCUCUCUACCUUCUUUCUCCUAGUGUUCAGAUAUUUUGAUGUGCUAUGUCAGUUGCCUUACUCCCUUUCCCCUAUAUUUAAGUAUUGUGCUUAUGUCAUGUUGCUCUCUUUCCAUGUCAGCUAUUGUGCUUUUGUUCAUGUUGCUUCUACUCCCUCUUCCCCUAGUAGCUAUUGGGUGGCUCUUUUCAGUUGCUUAUUCUUUCCCUAUGUCAGCUAUUGUGCUAUGUCAUGUUGCUCUUACUCUCUCUUUCUCUAUGUCAGUAUUGUGCUGAAUGUCAUGUUGCUCUCCUUUCUCUAUGUCAGCUAUUGCUGUAUGUCAUUUUUGCUCUCUCUCUUCUUUCCCCUAUGUCAGCUAUUGCUGCUAUGUCAUGUGCUCUCUUUUCCCUAUGUCAGUAUUUGCUGCUAUGUAUGUUGCCUCUCUUUCCCUAUGUCAGCUAUUUCUGCUAUGGGAGGUUUCUCUGGGUUCUUCCCCUUGUAAGUAUUGUGUAUGUCAGUUGCUCUAUACUUCUCUUUCCAAUUGUCAGUAUUUUUUGCUAUGUAAAGUUGCUCUCUACUCUUCUUUCUCCUAUGUCAGCUAUUGCUUUCUAGGUCAUUUGGGUUCUCUCUCUCUUUUCUCCUAUUUUUCAGAUAUUGUGCUUGUCAUGUUGCUUCUCUUUCCCCUAUGUCAGCUAUUGUUUCAUGUCAUGUUGCUCUCUACUCUUCUGUUACCAUGUCAGCUGAUGUGCUGUAGGUCAUGUUGCUCUCUAGUCUCCAAAGCACCAAAUUAUGUGGAAUUCCACACCAUCUUCGUUUCCGAUGAGCUUCUGACUUUUUGAGCAUGUUGAGAUGUAGAAUUGAUAAUUCAGAAAUAGAGAGACAAGGGAUCAUAGAGAGAGAGAGAGAGAGAGAGAAGGAGAGAGAGACAGAUAGAGAGAUGAGAGAGAGAGAGAGAAGAGAGAGAGAAAAGAAGACAAAUCUAUAAAGAAGUAAAUAUAGGAAUAUAGAGAAGAGAGAGUAUAGAUGAUAUUUAUGAGAUAUAGAUUAUAUCUAUAUAUAGUCUAUAUAUUAAUCCUAUAUAUUAUCUUGAUAUGAAUACUUCUCUGCCUCUCUCUAUUCUACUCGCUCUUCUCUUCUCUCUCUUGCCUCUCUCUCUCUCUCUCUCUCUCUCUCUCUCCCUCUCUCCCUCUCUCUCUCUGUUUCUGCUGACACCUUCCUUUUAAGCCCUCUCCUCUCCUCACUGCUGUGUAGGGGGAAACCAACCCGCCCGCCGCCUGUAUAAUUUCAAUGACUGCAUCAACGUGGCUAUUUUCUCUAAUUACAUGAAUACAGGCCUGGGUGUGAGUCAUUGUCCCGUUAGAGUCCUCUACAGAUCAACUCUAAACUGACUUACCCUUUAACCUCUCAUGUGUUUAAUCUCUUCAUGCUUUUAUAUUUAUUUCAAUGAAUAUCUUUUUUACAAAGACAGUUCAUUAAUCAACAUUUCAGUUUUCAAAGUAAAAAUCCCAGAGUUAGCAAAAUAGCUGAUUUUCAUCCAUAAUCCCUUUGAAAGGAAAGAUUAGGAUAUCUAUUCUGGAUACAGAGUUGAUAUACACUGAGUAUACAAAACAUUAGGAACACCUUCCUAAUAUGGAGUUGCACCCCCCCUUUUGCCCUCAGAACAGCCUCAAUUCGUCGGGGCAUGGACUCUACAAGGUGUCGAUGGCGUUCCACGGGGAUGCUGGCUCAUGUUGACGCUAAUGUUUCCCAUGGUUGUGUCAAUUUGGCUGGAUGUGCUUUGGGUGGUGGACCAUUCUUGAUACACGCAGGAAACUGUUGAGCGUGAAAAACCCAGCAGCGUUGCAGUUCUUGACACAAACCGAUGCGCCACCAUACCCCGUUCAAAGGCACUUAAAUCUUUUGUCUUGCCCAUUCACCCUCUGAAUGGCACACAUACACAAUCCAUGUCUCUAAUGUCUCAAGGCUUAAAAAUCCUUCUUUAACCUGUCUCCUCCCCUUCAUCUACACUGAUUGAAGUGGAUUUAACAAGUGACAUCAAUAAGGGAUGAUGGCUUUCAGCUGGAUUCACCUGGUCAGUCUGUCAUGGAAAGAGCAGGUGCUGGUUUUGUUUUGUAUCCUCAGUGUAUGUAACUACUAACUAACUGUCACUGACACCACAGGCAGGGCUACCAGGGCACAUCAGGCCCCCCGGCAGGCGUCAGAGCACUAACGGACCUGAACCUGAAACUACACCUGGCCAACUCUUCCUCCUCCUCCUCCUCCUCCUCGGACUCGGUGGUCAUCCACCCGGGGGCGGGGUUAGCCAUGCUGGAUCUGCUGGCCUCCGUCAGCUCCGACAGCCAACCAGAGGUAAGGAAGUGCGCCAGGCGGCCACACCCACUUCCUGUGUCCUGGCCUCAGGAUGAAUGUCUUCCUGUGUUCGCUCCUGAAAAAAUGGCUUUCUCUCAGUGAUACUGAAGUUUACUGCCACUUCCUGUUAGUCCAAAUGAGGUGAAUGAGGAACAAACCUUAUUCAGCCUCUCUUGUACAAGAGUUCCAUUUCCUCCCAAGAACUGUAUAUCUCUGAAUGUCUGAGUGUCUUCCUUGUUAGCUGUAUCAUAAAACUAGUCUAGGCUUUAUAUGAUGAAUUACACUUCAGCAAGAUGCUCCAGGUUUAGCAGAUCUGUCACAAAUGUCAAAGAAACCGAACUUAACAAUUAAUUUUACUCCCUCCCUCCCUCCCUCCCAGCAUGCCCUGGACCUCCAGCUAGCAGUAGCUAACAUCCUGCAGCAGCUGGUCCACAGUGAGAGAAACCAGCAGAUACUGUGUGAAGCAGGUCUACAUAGCAGACUACUGCAGCGCUGCAGCCAGGCCCUGGGUGACGAGGAACACCCCCUACAUCCACCGCUGCAGAGGAUGUUUGAGAGGUUGGCCUCGCAGGCCCUGCAGCCUAUGGCCCUGAGGUGAGGGUGGGAGACAGACAGGCAGACAGGCAGACAGGCAGACAGGCAGACAGGCAGACAGGCAGGCAGACAGACAGACAGACAGACAGACAGACAGACAGACAGACAGACAGACAGACAGACAGACAGACAGACAGACAGGCAGACAGACAGACAGACAGACAGACAGACAGACAGACAGACAGACAGACAGACAGACAGACAGACAGACAGACAGACAGACAGACAGACAGACAGACAGACAGACAGACAGACAGACCGACACACUCACUCACUCACUCCAGGACCAGAUGUGGCCACAUCAUUAUAAGUCCAUUUACCUCUAAAACAUUUACCUCAUCACAAAUAUAAUUCCACACACAUAGUAAACAAAGCUCUCUGUCACCAAGGGCUGGCAUAACCCCCUAAUAAACUCAAAUGAUGUUGAUGGUUCUUUUGACAGGUUUGAAUAUUACUUAGAGGUGUCUGGGUGGUGUCUAACUGCAGAUUCACUUUACUAGGCCUAAUUUACUGCAUGGCCGGUCAGCUGUGAUGCAGGAUAGGAUAUAGACAGUUGGGAUAGACACACACACACACACACACACACACACACACACACACACACACACACACACACACACAGCUAGAGAAGAAGUAAUCUAACUUCCUUUCUUAUAAAAAUUAACAGAGUGAUCCUCUGUAGACUCUCUCUUUCAGCGUAGAGAAUGAUGAUUUUUAAUGGGUAAUAUUUUAUAUACAGUAUAUUAUAAAUACCUCACAAAUGCGAUCCGUAAUGAGACUAAUCAAUUAGCCCAUUAAAAUGUUUGACUCCAUAAGACAAUUAUCAAUAUGCAAGAGACCCACAGUUAAACCAUGUGCAAUAAAGUAUUACGCGUUUAGCUGACUAAGAUCAAGGUAUGGUCAUGAGAAGUGAAUAUCAAAGCAAGUAUUAUUGAAUAACUUUGUAAAAUGAAUUGAUUCACAUACAAGGCAUUAUUCCAAGCAUAUAGAUACUAAAGGUAACUUACAAGACAAAGCAUGAACAAAGAGAUGCCAACUAGGCCAGAGGCUUAGAGGCCUAGGAAAUGAGAACUGACCAUACAACCUUCCUCCAUGGACUGGAUACAGGAUAAGAGAGAGAACAUACAACCUUCCUGGACUGGAUACAGGACAAGAGAGACAUCAUACAACCUUCCUGGACUGGAUACAGGACAAGAGAGACAUCAUACAACCUUCCUGGACUGGAUACAGGAUAAGAGAGAGAUCAUACAACCUUCCUCCAUGGACUGGAUACAGGAUAAGAGAGAGAUCAUACAACCUUCCUCCAUGGACUGGAUACAGGAUAAGAGAGAGAUCAUACAACCUUCCUCCAUGGACUGGAUACAGGAUAAGAGAGAGAGAGAUCAUACAACCUUCCUCCAUGGACUGGAUACCGGAUAAGAGAGAUAACAUACAACCUUCCUCCGUGGACUGGAUACAGGAUAAGAGAGAGAGAUCAUACAACCUUCCUCCAUGGACUGGAUACAGGAUAAGAGAGAGAUCAUACAACCUUCCUCUGUGGACUGGAUACAGGAUAAGAGAGAGAUCAUACAACCUUCCUCCAUGGACUGGAUACAGGAUAAGAGAGAGAUAACAUACAACCUUCCUCCAUGGACUGGAUACAGGAUAAGAGAGAGAGAACAUACAACCUUCCUCCAUGGACUGGAUACAGGAUAAGAGAGAGAGAACAUACAACCUUCCUCCAUGGACUGGAUACAGGAUAAGAGAGAGAUCAUACAACCUUCCUCCAUGGACUGGAUACAGGAUAAGAGAGAGAUCAUACAACCUUCCACCAUGGACUGGAUACAGGAUAAGAGAGAGAUCAUACAACCUUCCUCCAUGGACUGGAUACAGGAUAAGAGAGAGAUCAUACAACCUUCCUCCAUGGACUGGAUACAGGAUAAGAGAGAGAUCAUACAACCUUCCUCCAUGGACUGGAUACAGGAUAAGAGAGAGAUCAUACAACCUUCCUCCAUGGACUGGAUACAGGAUAAGAGAGAGAUAACAUACAACCUUCCUCCAUGGACUGGAUACAGGAUAAGAGAGAGAGAACAUACAACCUUCCUCCAUGGACUGGAUACAGGAUAAGAGAGAGAGAACAUACAACCUUCCUCCAUGGACUGGAUACAGGAUAAGAGAGAGAUCAUACAACCUUCCUCCAUGGACUGGAUACAGGAUAAGAGAGAGAACAUACAACCUUCCUCCAUGGACUGGAUACAGGAUAAGAGAGAGAUCAUACAACCUUCCUCCAUGGACUGGAUACAGGAUAAGAGAGAGAUCAUACAACCUUCCUCCAUGGACUGGAUACAGGAUAAGAGAGAGAUCAUACAACCUUCCUCCAUGGACUGGAUACAGGAUAAGAGAGAUAACAUACAACCUUCCUCCAUGGACUGGAUACAGGAUAAGAGAGAGAUCAUACAACCUUCCUCCAUGGACUGGAUACAGGAUAAGAGAGAUAACAUACAACCUUCCUCCAUGGACUGGAUACAGGAUAAGAGAGAUAACAUACAACCUUCCUCCAUGGACUGGAUACAGGAUAAGAGAGAGAUCAUACAACCUUCCUCCAUGGACUGGAUACAGGAUAAGAGAGAUAACAUACAACCUUCCUCCAUGGACUGGAUACAGGAUAAGAGAGAGAACAAAGCCAUUUAAUUCCAUUUAUAACAUCUGAUGGUGUAACCUUCUCAACCCAAAACCAACCACCAUUGACCAAUCAAAUGAUACCAAGUUUACAGAGUAACCUGACCACCGAGGCCCAAUCUCCACAGGUUGCCACAGCAUCUAAAGGCUUGUGUGGGGGAUGAGACCAAUAAGACAGAAUUCCUUAGAAGACAAUAAAAUUCCUUUGCGUAAUAGAGUAAUUCAGAGUUCACCCUGUACAGAUACAAGUUACCACAGAGAUCAUACAUCCUUAUAGAUGGCAUCAGAGUUAUCCUCAGUGAACAAGUUUCAGAUAGAUACCAGACAUGGAUGAUAUAUCAUUAUUCUAUCACUCAUUCAAUAUUCAGUCCUCUGGAGACUGUAACAGAGAUGCAUGUUGGCCCCUCAGAGGGGGAGGCGGGGCUGACAAACGUUCCUUGUGUUCCUGGACCAUUUGCAGCUCCAGGUGACAGAGAGCACGUCAAUUAAGGCCGAGCCUGCAUAUAUGUUUAUUGUUCUUCAAGGGGAAAGGCGUCCCAUGUUGGAGGAUGCCAGUGAAUGCCAAGUGGUCAAGGACCACUUUGGAAAUAAGUGUUUUCAUCAUGCUUUCAUGUGUCAUCCACUGGGAUUUAACAUGCACAUCUUGUCUAUGUAUGUUUUUUUUUUUUUUGUCACCCCAAAAUAAACAUUCGUAUGCUUUCUCCCCCCCACAGAGAGUUCCUUCGGCUGGGUAACCCUCUGAACUGUGGAGCCUGGGACAAGAAGCUCCUCAAACAGUACCGCGUCCACAAACCUUCCUCCCUUAGCUACGACGCAGAGAUGAGAAGUAAGUUCCCACUCAAUUUUAUACAGAACCAGUCAAAAGUUUGGACACACCUACUCAUUCCAGGGUUUUUCUUUCUUUAUAUUUUUUUUACUAUUUUCUACAUUGUACAAUAGUAGUGAAGACAUCAAAACUAUGAAAUAACACGUAUGGAAUCAUGUAGUAACCAAAAAAAGUGUUAAACAAAUCAAAAUAUAUUUUUAUAUUUGAGAUUCUUCAAAGUUGCCACCCUUUGCCUUGAUGACAGCUUUGCACAGUCUUAAAGUUUCUUAAAGUGCAGUCGCAAAAACCAUCAAGCGCUAUGAUGACCCAGAGUUACCUCUGCUGCAGAGGAUAAGUUCAUUAGAGUUAACUGCACCUCAGAUUGCAGCCCAAAUAAAUGCUUCACAGAGUUCAAGUAACAGACACAUCUCAACAUCAACUAUUCAGAGGAGACUGCGUGAAUCAGGCCUUCAUGGUCGAAUUGCUGCAAAGAAACCACUGCUAAAGGAUACCAAUAAGAAGAAGAGACCUGCUUGGGCCAAGAAACACGAGCAAUGGACAUUAGACCAGUGGAAAUCUGUCCUUUGGUCUGAUGAGUCCAAAUUUGAGAUUUCUGGUUCCAACCGCCAUGUCUUUGUGAGACGCAGAGUAGGUGAACGUGUGUGGUUCCCACCAUGAAGCAUGGAGGAGGAGGUGUGAUGGUGUGGAUGUGCUUUCGCUGGUGACACUGUCUGUGAUUUAUUUUGAAUUCAAGGCACACUUAACCAGCAUGGCUACCACAGCAUUCUGCAGCGAUACGCCAUCCCAUCUGGUUUGCGCUUAGUGGGACUAUCAUUUUUUUUCCAAGGGGAGUGAAGGCGUAUCGCUGCAGAAUGCUUUGGUAUCCAUUGUUUUGGAUGUUGCAUCCGAUGUCUCCACGAUAAAAACAUCUGCCGAGCUAAAUGAAAAAGUUGAUGCGAUACAAGAGAGGAUGGAGCAGGCAGCUGGACGGAUUUCGACAGUGGAGGAUGCCGUCUCCCGUCUGGAGAAGGGGUAAUGAGAAUCACGAGAAAAAAGCUGGACAUGUUGUGGAAUCAUCUGGAAGAACUUGAGAACAGAAGUAGGAGAAAUACGGUGAGAUUGGUUCAUCUGAAAGAGGGGAGUGAGGCUGGCGGUGGACUAAUCUCGUGUGUGCAGAAAAUCAUCGCAGAAGAUUUUGGAUUUGACGACGGGCACAAAAAUCCGAAAUUGAACGAACCCAUCGCAGUUUAACCAUGCCUGAUGAGAAUAGGACCCCGAGAACGGUUCUCAUCCACUUGUUACAUGUUGAUAUAAACUCCGAAAAAUGUGAGGAAGGGUAGAUUUAGACUCAACACCAUGCUAUUACAAGAUGAGAUAUUUAGCCAAUCACUAGCUGAUGAUCUUAGAUCCUUUUUUGAGAUCAACAUAGGCUCAACUGAAAAGGUUUCCACAGUGUGGGAAACCUCUAAAGCAUAUGUUAGAGGGGAAAUAAUAGCACAUGAGUCCAAAAAGAAGAGAGAAGGGGCUGAAGCAGUUAGAAGAUUAGAAACCGAGAUAUGUGUCUUGGAAAAGGGAUUUUGCAAGACAUUUCACAGAUGGCACAUUUCAAACUUGUCUGCAAAUUGAAAUUUCAGUUGCAUGAAAUGUACAACAAAAGGGCAGAAUAUUCACUGUUUAGACUUCGAACCAGUUAUUAUGAGGGAGGUGAGAAGACAGGCAGGCUACUAGCAAGACAACUAAAAAUGCAGAACACUUCUAACGUCAUUCCCAGCAAUUUAAGAAGAGCAAUAAGAUGGUGACCUCAUCCAAAGAGAUAUACAGUGUGUUUCAACGUCAUUAUGAAGAUUUAUAUACAUCCUCCUGUUCAGCGAGCCCCAUAGAUAUGGAUACUUUGUUGUCUGGUAUAGAAUUACCUAGAUUAUCAGAUAGCCAUGUAGAGGACCUGGACUGUGCUAUAACAGAAGAGGAGGUUAGAGCCGCCAUUUUAUCUAUGAAAGCAGGGAAAUCACCUCGUCUGGAUGGCCUUCCUGUAGAAUAUUAUAAAAAAUAUAUUGACAUUCUUGUAGCUGUGUUGACAGUGGUUUACCAGGAGGCAUUUUAAAAUGGCUCCCUUCCGGACACCUUUAAAGAGGCUUUGAUAUCGCUGAUUCCUAAUAAGGAUAGAGAUACUACAGAGCCUGGGGAUUUUAUAGCAAUCAGGCUCCUUAAUGUGGAUCGUAAGAGUCUUACUAAGACCAUUGCGAUACGCUUAGAGAAGGAACAACCUAAUGUUAUACAUAGUGACCAAGUUGGAUUUAUUAAGAACAGGACCUCAACUGAUAAUAUGAGGAGGCUCUUACAUCUCAUGUGGUUAAACUGCUCGAAUAUAGUUCCUACCGCUGCCGUCUCCUUAGAUGCUGAGAAGGCAUUUGAUAGGGUAGAGUGGGCUUUUCUCUUAAGAAUCCAAGAAAAAUGUGGUUUUGGACCUGAUUUUUGUAAAUGGAUAGGGGUCCUCUAUUCCAAUCCUAAAGCAACAGUAUUUACGAAUUGAAUUAUGUCUCCUUUUUUUUUUGUCGUUCUAGAGGCACAAGGCAGGGUUGCUCUCUCUCCCCUCUCCUGUUUAGCGUAGUUUUAGAUCCUCUUGCGACAAGGAUAAGAACAGAUCCAGAAAUUAGGGGUGAACAUGAAGGAGGAAAAGAACACAAGCUGCUUAUGUAUGAGAUGAUAUCCUACCGCUGGUCUCUGAUACUGUUCAGUCUGUACCACCAUGACUUACUCGUAUUGAAUCAUAUUCUAGUAUGUCAGGCUACAAAAUUAAUUGGAAUAAGUCAGAAGCAAUGUUACUCUGGAACCAUUUAAUUUCAAAUGGGUUCCUACUGGGAUGAAAUAUUUGGAUAUUAAAUUGAGCUCAAAUUUGGAGGAAGUGAUGGGACUAAAUUGUGAGCCACUACUAGUGAAGAUUAAGACCCAUUUUAGAAAAAUUUGAAAAUAUCAAACUUUCUUUAUGGGGAAAGAUCAACGUGAUUAAAAUGGUUGUGGUCCCACAAUGUUAUAUAUUUCUGCAAUGUUACCUAUGAACAUUCCAGACAGGUAUUUUAAACAAUAUGACAAAUUAACUAAAUGUUUUUUUGUGGGAUAGGAAGAAGAAAAAAAAAGAUUAAUAUGAAGAUGUGCUCACCAAGGGAUGUAGGAGGCUUGGCUUUACCAGAUGUUAAAUUGUACAAUUUAUAAUUUGAAAUGGCUAAAUUGGCGAAUCAUUGGGGCAAAACGGAUGCUGGUUUGGAUAACAAUAGAAUGGGAACUAAGUUAUCCUUUCACCCCUGUUGAUACUCUGCCACAUAGUCUUACAGGGGAGAGGUCUGUUGAUACUCUGCCACAUAGUCUUACAGGGGAGAGGUCUGUUGAUACUCUGUCACAUAGUCUUACAGGGGAGAGGUCUGUUGAUACUCUGUCACAUAGUCUUACAGGGGAGAGGUCUGUUGAUACUCUGUCACAUAGUCUUACAGGGGAGAGGUCUGUUGAAACUCUGUCACAUAGUCUUACAGGGGAUAGGUCUGUUGAUACUCUGUCACAUAGUCUUACAGGGGAGAGGUCUGUUGAUACUCUGUCACAUAGUCUUACAGGGGAGAGGUCUGUUGAAACUCUGUCACAUAGUCUUACAGGGGAGAGGUCUGUUGAAACUCUGUCACAUAGUCUUACAGGGGAUAGGUCUGUUGAUACUCUGUCACAUAGUCUUACAGGGGAGAGGUCUGUUGAUACUCUGUCACAUAGUCUUACAGGGGAGAGGUCUGUUGAUACUCUGCCACAUAGUCUUACAGGGGAGAGGUCUGUUGAUACUCUGUCACAUAGUCUUACAGGGGAGAGGUCUGUUGAUACUCUGUCACAUAGUCUUACAGGGGAGAGGUCUGUUGAUACUCUGCCACAUAGUCUUACAGGGGAGAGGUCUGUUGAUACUCUGUCACAUAGUCUUACAGGGGAGAUACUUAUUUUCCACCAUAAUUUGCAAAUAAAUUCAUAAAAAAUCCUACAAUGUGAUUUUCUGGAUUUGUUUUCCCUCAAUUUGUCUGUCAUAGUUGACGUGUACUUAUGAUGAAAAUUACAGGCCUCUCUCAUCUUUUUAAGUGGGAGAACUUGCACAAUUGGUGGCUGACUAAAUACUUUUUCCCCCCACUGUAUGUAUGUAUGUAUGUAUAUGUAUAUAUAUAUAUAUAUAUAUAUAUAUAUAGAUAAUGCUUAUGUGUAUAUAUAUGGUGGUCCUCUGUAGCUCAAUUGGUAGAGCACGGCGCUUGUAACGCCAGGGUAGUGGGUUCGAUUCCCGGGACCACCAAUACGUAAACAUGUAUGCACACAUGACUGUAAUUCGCUUUGGAUAAAAGCGUCUGCUAAAUGGCAUAUUAUUAUUAUAUUACUAUUAUUAUAAAUGUAACAUAUGGCAUUAUAAAUGUAGCAUUAUAAAUGUAGCAUAAAGCAUUAUAAAUGUAGCAUAAGGCAUUAUGAAUGUAGCAUUAUGAAUGUAGCAUAAGGCAUUAUGAAUGUAGCAUUAUAAAUGUAGCAUAAGGCAUUAUGAAUAUAGCAUAAGGCAUUAUGAAUGUAGCAUUAUGAAUGUAGCAUAAGGCAUUAUGAAUGUAGCAUAAGGCAUUAUGAAUGUAGCAUUAUGAAUGUAGCAUAAGGCAUUAUGAAUGUAGCAUUAUGAACGUAGCAUAAGGCAUUAUAAAUGUAGCAUAAGGCAUUAUGAAUGUAGCAUUAUGAAUGUAGCAUAAGGCAUUAUGAAUGUAGCAUAAGGCAUUAUGAAAGUAGCAUAAGGCAUUAUGAAAGUAGCAUAAGGCAUUAUGAAUGUAGCAUAAGGCAUUAUGAAUGUAGCAUAAGGCAUUAUGUGUGUGUGCCUCAUAGAAAUUGUUACCAGAAAGUUUUCUGCAGGGGCGAGACGGACAGGGGAAAGACGUGCAGUUUGAAAAGGCCAACAAUUACUCCCAGUAAAUUAUUUCCCCCCCUGCUGUCAGUUGAUCCAUUCGGCUGUAUCCAGUCAGUUACUGUAGUGGAGAAUAGAUUGUUUUUUGUUUUGUUUUUUUUGCAGGAGA